GUCAAACUGCGCUUCAGGUUUCAUCUCCACCAGCUACUACACAGCAAGAUCUGCGCUUCCACUUUGGAAAUCACUGUCCAGACCUGCAUCUGUGCUGCACCUUUCAUCACCAAAACGCACUCCUUUUCUGCAUAGUGGUGCCAUGCUGCCCGGAGGCUGUGGAUGAGAAAGUAUGUCGUCAGACUUCUACUACAGAGAUGAUGUGGUGGAGAGGGGGUCCAUCCCCCUGGACAUCGAUAAUGUCCACAUGCUGCUGCAGGUGGAACAAGAACAGAUCCAGAAGAAGACCUUUACCAACUGGGUCAACGCUCAGCUAGCAAAGCGGAGGCCACCGUGUAUGGUCGUGGAUCUGUUCCAUGACUUCUGUGAUGGCUCCAAACUGUUGGACCUGCUGGAGGUGAUGAGCGGCCAGCGCCUUAGUCGGGAAAGAGGCAGGGGAAUGUUUCAGCACAGGAGCAACAUUGAGAAAGCCCUUUCCUUUCUAAAGAAGAAAUCGAUCAAACUAGUCAACAUAAACAUUCCUGAUAUUAUUGAUGGUAAACCGUCCAUCAUCCUUGGCCUCAUAUGGACAAUCAUCCUACAGUACCAUAUCGAGGAAUUGGCCAGUGGCCUUUCUUUCGAUUCCCGUCAGUCCUCCAUGGAGUCUUUGGCCAGUCUGGACUCCCGCUCCACCUUGUCGAGCCGCUCAGCCGGCAGCAGUCCCGUCCCUCCCAGAGGCUCGCCACUACACAACCGAUUCAGGGUUUCUGCCAAGAAGGCCCUGCUGCUGUGGGUCCGCGAACAGUGCCACAAAGCUGGCUGUUCAAUAAAUGUGAAAGACUUCAAAACUAGCUGGAGGAGUGGAGUGGCCUUCCUGGCGAUCCAGUACGCUCUGCGGCCGGACCUGGUGGAUCUGUCCAAAGCCAGAACCAGAAGCAACAAACAGAACCUGGAGGAGGCCUUCAGCAUCGCAGAGAGAGAGCUGAGGAUCCCCAGACUGCUGGAUCCUGAUGAUGUGGACGUUCGGGAUCCUGAUGAGAAGUCCAUCAUGACCUACGUGGCUCAGUUCCUGCAGUACUCCAAAGACCUGCCGGUGACAGAGGAAGAAAUGCAGACACAAUACCUGACAGUCCCUAAAAGCCCUUCUCCUGUCGACCUGCCUGUUCACUACACUCCUGCUAUUUCUGCCUCACCUCUGCGACAGGUGACACCUGAUCAGAAGGCACAGGAAGUGACAUGCUGGCUGGUUCAGGCCUAUGACGAGUUGCUGGAGGGAUGGGACUCCACAGAGGGAGAGAGCUACUCAGAGAGAUACCAUGUGAUUCAGACCUUUCUGGUGUCCUUUAAUGAGCAGCGGCGUCCCAUCAUGCCUUUACUGACAGCGAUGAGACGGACCCCGAAACUGAGCGAUGAGCAGCGGGCUCUCAGAGACGCGUGGGACAACCUUACUGAAAAGCUACGUGAAUACAAAGUGGAGUUAGAUAAGAGUCUUCCAGCACCCUUGAACACGGUGGCUCGCUGGCUGCUGAAAACGGAGAAGGCCCUGGCCGAGGAGGAGGGUGACCCACAGGACCACGGCCGAGCUGCUGACGAUGCCAGGGAGAAACAAGAGCUCCUCAAAGUCUGCCUGGAGGACAUGCCGCAGCAUGUGAAGACCUUCCAGUCCUUCCAAAACUUGGACGAGUAUGGAAACGUGAUGGUUCCUACUGACAAGAUGGAUGAACUAAAGAGGAGAUUCACCAGUGUGAGAGUGACUGCCAAAUACCACGGGAUCAAGCUGGAUUACAGAGAGCACCGUCACACAGUUUUAGAUCUGUUGGGGCAGAUCAAGACCAAGCUGCGGCUUUGGAAGAGACCUUACAUCUCCCCAGAGGCUGUCAGGUUGUUGCUGCAAGAAUGGCAUGACCUGGUGAACACACAGGAGCUACCCUCUUUGUUAGAGUCAGCUCUUCACAAGCUGAAGCAGGUUUCUGAGAAAUAUUCAAGCAAAUCUGCCCUCGCUGCAGAUUACCACCAGGUCAGUCAGCAGGUGAAGCAGCUGGAAGAGGACACCGCUGCGGUUUUGGAAGAGGUGACCAAAACCAAGAGCACCAUGGGACGGGUCCUGUCUGCUUGGGACUCCUACAGUGACUGCUUCAGCUCCCUGCAGGCUUGGCUGGAGCAAGGCUCUGCAGCACACAGCCAUGGCCGAAGACCAGAGGUGACGUCAGAGAUGAUGGCGGAGUGGGGAUCCCGACAGGCCCACCUGAACGAGGUGGGUAACUUCCUGAUCGAGUCAACAGACCCCCAGACCAGCAGGGGCCUGGCAGAGGAGCUGCGCAGACUCAACAUGCACUGGGCCGAGUUUGUCAAGAAAAACACAUUUGACAACACGGCUGAGCCCAGCGCUGACGUCCAGGCCAGACCCCAAGACAUCCAAGCUCUGAUCAGAGAAGCCACUCUGAUUCUCAGAGAGCCUCUGGAGGCCAUGGGAGGUCCCUUACGCACCUACAGAAAAAGAAUACAGUUCAUAAUGAGGAAAAUAAAAGAAUUGGAUCUUGAGGCUCUGGCUCCCUCCCCAGAAUGCCCAGCAGAUCAGUUACAGAAACUGAAGCUUGCUGUACCUGAAGUGAUGCAGACCUUGAUGGAGGCAGAACAGGUGUGUACAGAGCUGCAGCACAGUGUGUCAGGUCUGGACAGUCGUAUGGCUGAACUCCUGCAUUGGGAGACUGAGGCCAGUGAGCUCUACCAGCUGCUGAGGGCCCAAGACAGACAACAACAACAGCGGGGCCAGGACCCACGGGCCAGGGCCCUGAUUUCCCGUGGUCUACAGCUGGAGGGCCAGGUGGUUACAGAAGAGCAGGACCUGCAGGUGAUGGUGAUGACGAGUCAGAAAAACUCACCCAUCCAGUACCUCCAUGCCACCACCAUGCAGGACCGAGUGCGAGCUGCUGUUGCACAGUCACAGGAAGUUGUAGGUAUGCUGAGCAGCCUGGGAGCCAGAAGAGACAGAAGCAGAAGCAGAAGCCCUCCAGAAGGGUCUCCUCCAUCCAAAGUCUUUAAACAGGCUAAAGAGAGUUCUCAAUAUCUGACACAGUCAGACAGAGACAGAUGGCCAACUAAGCAGCCUGAGACAACGUUAGUUUCUCAUCAGCGUCAAACCUUUGUACCAAAGAUAGUGCUGCAGGAAUACAGACAAGAAAAGGUGACUUCUCCUACAAUGCCAUAUACCUAUGCACAAGCUGUCAUGCAGACCAGGAAAAAGUCGCCACCAGAAGGCUAUGCUCAGGCCUGGCCAGAGGCUGCCGUGCAAAAGCCACAGCAGACUCAGGAGCAAGGAUUGAUACAGCAGCAACAGCCACCGCAGCAAGGACAACUUGACAGACAGACAGAAAAAGAGCUACAACAGCAAGAACUCAAGCAACAGCAACCACAAGAAGUGCAACAGCAGGGGCCGAUGCAAACACAGCCUCAACAACUGCAGCAGAAGCAGGAAUGGCAACAGGUGGAGCAGCAGCAGCAGGUAGAAAUGCAUCAAUACCAAGUUAAGCAGGUGGUAACAGAGAGGCCAACACCAGAGCCCCAUGAGCAGACUUCCCUUCAACAAUCACCAGUGAAGAAACCACACCUGAGCUCCCAGGAGCUUCAGAGCAGAAAGACGCAGGCCAUGAAGAACCGGCCCUGGCUUCAGAAGCCAGGCUCAGAAGAGCAUAAAACUCCCACUCCAGAACCAGAACAGGGUUCCACUCAGGAGAUUCAGCUGCAGUCAACCAGAGAAACAGUGGCAUCAGUUCAGGUUGUUACACAGCAUACAGCAUCUACUAGACCACAACCUGAGGCGCAGGCAAAGGUUACUAAGCAGCCAGAAGAACAGCAAAAAGAGCAACAAAAACAAGCACAGCAACCUCAAAAUCUAGAGCAGCAACAACAACUGCAACAUCAACAAAAACAACAAAAAGAGAAGUAUCAGCAACAAAAGCCACGUCAACUGGAAAAACAACAAAGGCAACAGGAACAAUUGCUGCUGCAACAACAACAAGAAAAACAUCCACCGUCUGUUGUAAGACAGGCUCAACCAGAUUCAGACACCAAGGCUAAAUCCCAGACUGCUACUAUGGCUCAGCCUCACCCACAAACAAAGGCCCCAAGUCAGUCACAACCCCAAACUACUGCUCAGGCUAAAACUCAGGCAGCGGUCCACGUGCCAGUGCAGUCUGCAAGUAUGUCCCAUACUUCCACUGACGGUCAGCAACCACUGAAGACCAUGCCCCAGACCACAGUGAGCCAAGGUCAGCCGCAAACACAAGUUCUUCCACAGCCCCAUGGCCCCGUGAAGACACAGUCAGUGACCCAGCAGCAGACACAACAACAGCUCCAGCCUCAGGUUCAGACUCAGUCUCAAACAUGUACCCCAGGUGGACCUCAACCAUCUGUGCAGCCACAGGGUCUACUUCUUGGCCCACCUGUAGUUCAAGUGCAGACAUUUUCUCAAGUCAAACCUUCUUCCCCUAUGCAAGCUUCAUUUCAGGGUCACAUACCGCCUCCUGUGCCAUCCCACAUUCAGCUUCGAAGUCAUCCACAGGCCUGGUCUCCUGUCAGGCCGCCAUCCCCUAAGCCACCAACACAAGCUCAGAUGACCCAAUCUCAAACCCAUGCUCAGUCAGUGCCUCAGCCUCAACCUCAUGCUCAGUCAAUGUCUCAGCCUCAAACCCAUACUCAGUCAAUGCCUCAACCUCAAACUCAUCCUCAGUCAAUGUCUAAGCCUCAAACCCAUCCUCAGUCAAAGCCCAGUUCUCAAAUAUAUCCUGAGUCUAUGACCCAUCCUCAAACCCAUUCCCAGUCCAUGAUGCAGGUUCAAACCCGUCCUCAGUACAUGACCCAGCCUCAAACCCAUCCUCAGUCCAUGACCCAGCCUCAAACCCAUCCUCAGUCCAUGACCCAGCCUCAAACCCAUCCUCAGUCCAUGACCCAGCCUCAAACCCAUCCUAAGUCCAUGACCCAGCCUCAAACCCAUCCUCAGUCCACGACCCAGCCUCAAACCCAUCCUAAGUCCAUGGCCCAGGUUCAAACCCAUGCUCAGCCAACGGCCCAGCCAAGUCGUACCCAACCUUCAGCUCAACAGACCCAAGCUCCUCAUGUAGUCCAGCCUCAGGGUCCUAUUCAGCCGAUGACUCAGUAUCCUGCACAUGCGCAGCCCGAGGUCCAGCACCCAGGCCAUAUUUCCCAGGGCCAAAUCCAUGCUUGGACUCAAGUUAGAGGCUCAUCCCCAAUGUCUGUCCAGUAUCCACAAGCUCCAGCACAACAUCCUCUUUACCACCAAGGUUACUCCCAGGGACAGUCUCCAACCCACCAGUGGCCACCCAAACAAGAGCCUCAAACGCAACCUGCUGCCCAGCAGAGGCAUCCAAUUCCCCAGCCAUACCCUCAGCAAAGAGGUCAAGCUCCACAGUCUCAAGCUUACCCAGCAGUUCAGGCUCAACAACAGUGGCCCCAAGUUGGGCCCCAACAAGGACCUCAGGUUGGGUAUUCUCACAUGGGGCCAUCAUAUACUCAGCCUCAGAUGCAAACACAAACCCAACCCUGGGCUCAAACACAACCCCAAAUGAGACCCCAGAGUUCCAUGCAACAUCAACCUCAAAUGGGAGCUUAUAAUAUGUUUCAUAUGCAGGGGCAACAAGGCCAAGUUCAGCAACAGACUAGGUUUCAGGCACCGCCCCAACGUCAGCCACAGCCGUAUCCCCAGCCUUAUUCCCAGCCUCAAUCUCAGCAAUAUUCACAGGUUCAGCAUCAACCUCAGCGUCACCCUCAGCCUCAGAUGCAAGCUCAAACACCUCCCCAAUCGCAACCACCACACCUAGCCCAUCCUCAGCUUCCUUCUCAGCCUCAGAUCCAACCCCAGCAGCAGGUCCAGUCCCAAACACACAUCCAGACGCUGCCACUGGUACAAGUAAAACCCCAGGCCCAGACUCAGCAGCCUCAGCCCAAUCUUCAGUUCCAGCAGCAGCCUCCACAACCCAAACAUCAGGUCCCGCUCCAACAACAACCGAAGAUUCAAUCACCAACUCAACCAAAAGGUGAAUCCCCUCCACAACCCAAACGUCUGGCCCAAUCACUACCACAAUCAGAGGUUCAAUCACCGACUCAACCCAAGCUUCAAUCACAGACCCAACUUAAGGUCCAAUCAAAAACUCAACCUAAGGGUCAGCCACAGACCCAAACUAAGGUGCAGUCACCAACUCAACCCAAGGCUGAAUCAGUGGCACAGACUUUACCUGAACCCCAGUUACCCCCUCAGCUCAUGGCUCAGUCAACAAUCAAGGCUGAAUCACUACCACAACCCAAAACACAGGCCCAAACAGCACCACUACCUGAAGCUCAAUCACAGACCCAACCGAAGGUUCAGUCAUCAACCCAACCCAAGACCCAAUCACCACCACAACCCAAAUCACAGGCCCAAGCAGUACCACUACCUGAAGCUCAGCCACCAACUCAGCCCAAGGUUCAGUCAUCAACUCAACCCAAGGCCCAAUCACCGCCACAACCCACACCACAGUCCCAAACAGCGCCUCUGCCUGAAGCUCAAUUACCAGCUCAACCCAAGGUUCAGUCGCCAACCCAACCCAAAGCCCAAACACUGCCACAGCCCCAACCUCAGGCUCAGUCACCACCACUACCCAAGGCCCAAACUGGACCACAAUCUAAGGCUCAGUCACCCCCACAGGCCAGACCUCAGACCCAACCACCUCCACAGUCAAAACCUCAAACUCAGUCUCCUCCGCAACCCAAACCUCAACAGCCCCAAACUGUUCUCCUCCCCCAGGUCAAUGUGCUGCCUCAGUCCCUGUCAGAGUCACCAGAACUAUGCAUGAAACCUCCGGCCCUGGCCCAGGCGCCUCCCCAGGCCUACACAGAGGCUUAUGCUAAGGCCCAGGCUUUGGCCAGAAAUGGCUUUGAGGAGGCCAAGCACUGUCUGCAGGAGCAUAUCAUGGAAUGCAUUAAUGUGUUUAAAGACAAAUCUUUAUCGUCUGAGCCAGCAUCAGUGAAAGAGGAGACCCUGAAGACCCUGGACCCUGAGUUGCUUGAGGAGUUCUUGAGGGCAGCCAAAGGCAUGGAGGCCUUUUGUACCCCGUCACAGCUCAGAGACAUGGAGUUCUUCACCCAGUCUGUCAUGACACAGUGGGAGGCUUGUUUCUCAGCCGAGGGCAGCUUUGCCCAAGCAGGGCAGCACCUCGAGGCCUUGAAGGAGCUGUGUGACACCCUGAGCCCUGAGGAUGCUCACCGCCUGGCCCAGACUCAGCUGAGGGAAUGUGAGACGAGGCUGGCUGCCAUCCAGCGACAGUUCAGCGGCGACCAAGACGCACCACUCCCUGAUUCUAGGCAAGAUAUUAUUAAGAUUCCUGUUGCCUUCAGUGAGGAUCUGACCGCACAAAAGGAACCCACAAGACCAAGUGACAAACCUCUGGUCUCAGCUGAGGUGUUGCCAGUGAAGACAGCUGGUGUAGAGAAGAGGGAGGUUGAAAAGCAGCCUUCUGUGGACGAUGAAGUCACCAAAAAGGAGGCUUUGGAAAGAUAUGAGAACUGUAAAAGGGCUCUGCAGGCACAACUGGCUAAAAAUGAACAGAGCAUCGAGGAUGUCCCCUCUGACUCUGUCUCUCUGAAAGGUCUGCAUACACGGCUCCAGGAAAUACAGUUCUUGAGGCAAGAGACAGAGUCUCUGUGGUCUGAGUAUGCGAACCAGUGCUCCCAGUGUUCCCAGUUGAGCGGGAACACUGGUCUGGAGCAAGAGAAGGCUGAGCUGCAGGAGCAGUGGCGCAGCCAACAGUCCAAACUUCAGAAGAGGGGUAGCUCGCUAGGCGCCGCCCUCAGACAGAUCGACUCCACCGAGAACCACAUGGUGGACUUCACUGACCGUCUGGACCGCUACCUGAGACAGCCCAAAGACGUCACUGCCUUCACACUGGCCAACACCAACAUCCUGAAAGAUAUCAAGGAACUGGAUGACAACAUCCAGAGCGAGCUGGACCAGCUGUCCCGUCUAGACCCUGAAUCCAGCGAUCUGGACCCCAGAGACAGUCGUCCUCUGUCCCGAGAGGUGGAGACUCACAAAGCCAGCCUGGACCAGCUCCGACAGCAGGUCCGGAAGAGCGAAGCAGCCGCACGUGCCCUCGACCGCUUCCUCAUGUCAUUGCGCACUGUGGAUGAAGACAUCUCUGGAGUCCAGGGCGCCCCUUGCAGUGACCCUGUGGUACUGCAGGACUGUCGCUCCAAGCUGGGUCUGAUCAGGCAAAGCAUCGACAGUCUGAAGGAGAAGGCGCCUCAGCUGGAUGUGCUCCUGCAGGGCGCCAGGCUGACAGUCACCAGGGAAGGUGUCCCGGCCUCCUGCCUGGACAUGGUGACCGCUCUGCUGAGGAGGCUGGAGGAGGCUGACAGCGGGCUGGCCGGACAGCAGAAGGGUCUCCAGAAGGAGACACAGAGCAAAUCACUGGGCCUGAGGAAGAGGACGCUGCUGGGGGAGCUGAGGAAGCUUCAGGAAACAAUCGAAACACAAGGCCUGAAGGAGCCCACCAUACCUGCUGUACAAAACAGGCUACGUGCCCUGUCAGAUUUGGACGGUCAGGUGCAGGCGCAGCACGCAGAGCUCAAGAACCUCCGUGAACUUCAGGAGAAACAGGGAGGAGAAGAGCACGUCCUUCAGGAAGUGGAGACUCAGUGGAAGGAGACUCAGAGAGCUUUUUCUGACAGGAAGAAGCAGUGCAGCGUCCUGCUGGAGCUUCUGAAGAAGUUCCAGAGCUGCCGCAGCCAACUGAGCAGCACCAUGCAGAAAGCAGAGCAGACCAUCAGUGAGCGGGCUUCCUACUUAGGCAAGGAGAACCUGCAGAGAACCAUUACCACGGUCCGUGACAUUAAGAAGGAGCUGGGUGGUAUUGGAGAGUGCGUGGAAGAAUUGAAGGGUGUUUGCCGACAGCUGCAGACUCAACUGAAGAAGUUCGCAGACUGCAGUGAGGUGCCCUUUGAAGGAGAGGCUAACACACUUAUGGACAACUGGCUGGAUAUGACAGAGAAGACAGAUACCUACAUGGAUAACCUGCAGGUGGGGCUGGAGCUGUGGGAGAAGCAGCUGAUGCUGGGGGGAGAGGUGGACGGCUGGGCAGGGGCCAAACUGGUCCUGUUUGCUGAGAGCCAUCCCUUCCACGAUGAGCAACAAGUACUCGCCAUGAGGGAUGAGAUCCACGCCAAUGAGGAGAACAUUGAACAUUUCCACAAGAAGUCUGUCGAGAUCCAGGAGAUGCUGCAGAGUCGGGAGGCGCCACUGGAGCUGCAGGUGAUGGAGACCCAGCUGAGGAAGAGGAUGGAGCAGGUGAAGGAGCUGUUUGCCGACUGCACCGACGUCUUUGAGGAACUGGUAGCUGUGAGGAAACACCUAACUGAGAAGAUAGAGGAGUGCCAGUGCUCUGUAGAGGGUAUCCAGUGUUCUGUCAACAGUGUUGAUGCGUCACAACCAACGGUGGAGGAUGAGUUACAGAAUCUGUGUGACGAUCUGGAGACUCAGGAGGAGCAGGCCGCGGCAGCGCUGAAGGAGGUUGGUUUGAUUUCCAGCGUGGUCAGUCCUCAGGUGCUGGAGGCGCUGUCUGCAGACUGCGACAGGCUUAAGGAGGCCAUUUCCCGCACCAAGGAGAUGAUCCACCUGAAGAGAGAGGAGAGGGACAAAGGCCUGCUCAAGGUUAUCAAAGAUGAAAAGCAGUCAUUUGAGGAGUGGUUCCAGGACCUGCAGCUGUCUGUCAAUGAGUGCUUUGAGCAGCCUGAGAGCAGAGCAGACGUGGAAACAUCCCUGCAAAAACUCACUGCUUUCUUGAAAUCCAGGGAUGCAGAGAGACGUCUGGAGCAGCUGAAAGAUCAGCUGAAGAGAGGCAGCAAGCAGGUUCCUCCUCAGCAGCUCUCUGAGUUUAAUGACUGGCUGAAGGAGCAGGAGAAGGAGGUGGGCAGGUUCAGAACCCACUGUGACAACAAGCAGAAACAAAUGGAGCCACUCCUCAGUGACUUGAACAGUCUGCAGAUGCAACACGACAGCUUCCGUGAGUGGCUGCAGACCAAAGAAAAACAGUCUGCGAAGACUGUCAAUGCCAAACUUCUACUCACAGACCUUCAGGAUGAGAGUGGCAGAGUCGAGAGCCUGAAAAAGCUGUUAGCAUCGCUACGCAAACAAGGCGUCAGAGGUGAAAGCCUCCUGAAGGACGGUGAUAACUUGAUACAACGCUACAGUAACCUGGAGGCCAGACUGCAGAAGCAGGCAGAUGCCCAGAGCGCCCUGGAGGGGGAGUUUGACAAGUUUAAUACCCAGACCGAGAGCACCAGGACCUGGAUAACUGACCUUGUGAAACCCCUCACCUCCACCGGAAGGGACACUCAGACUGAGGAGAUAAAGCAGAAAGCACAGACCGUCCUGAGCUCCAAAUCUGAGGGAGACUCUAAAGUGAGCAACCUGAGAAGAAAAAGCGAAAGUCUGUGUGAGCAGGAGGACCUGGAGGAGGGCAAGAAACAAGAGGUUCAGCAGUCUGUCAGAGAAACAGAGGAGCAGUGGAAGACAGCUCUGAAGACAGCUGAGGACAGUCUCAACAAGGCGGAAACACAAGCCCAGUUAGACAAGGACUUAGACGCUGUCAAAGCCCAGAAUGAAAAUGUCCAGUCCUGGAUCAAAGAACAGGAGCAGAACGUACAGGCGCUUGGUGGUUGCAUGCAAGUCAGAGAAAAGCUACAGAUGGCACAAGUGACACUGAACUCCAAGCCUGAAGGAGAUUCAAAGCUCCAGGAUCUGAAGCAAAAAUGCCAGAGUCUGUGUGACAACCCGGGCUUGGACGAGAGCAAGAGACGAGAGGUUCAGGACGCUGUCAGACAAACAGAGGAACAGUGGAGGAAAGUCUUGCAGGCUGCUGAGGAGGGUCUCAACAAGGCAAAGACCGAAGCUUCCACUGAAAAGGACUUUGAUUCUUUCAAAACACAAAGUGAGGGCGUUCAGUCGUGGAUCCAAGAGCAGAAGCAGAAGCUGCUCCCCCUCAGUAGUCACAUGCCGUUUGAGGAAAGGUUACAGGUCGCACAGGCUGUUAUUUCCUCCAAACCUGAGGGAGACUCCAAGGUGCUUGACCUGAAGACACACGGUGAAGGUCUGUGUAAACAUCUGGAGGGGAGCAAGAAACCAGAGGUUCAGCAGGUGAUAAAAGACACAGAGCAGCAGUGGGGAACAGUCCUGCAGGCUGCCAGGCAGGCAGAGCUCAGAAGUCUCUCAGACGACUUUGACGCUCAGAGUAAAAACACUCAGUCCUGGAUCAGAGACAAACAGCAGCAACUACAGUCCGUGGGCAGUCACACACCACCUGAUGAGAGAUGUCACACAGCUCAGGCCAUCUUGAGCUCCAAACCCGAAGGUGAUUGUACGGUGAACAACCUGAGGAGACGGGGCCAGACUCUCUGUGACCAUCAGGACGCAGACAAAGGCAGGAAAGCCCACGUCCAGAAGACAAUCAGAGACACAGAGGAGCAGUGGAGGACAGUCCUGCAGGCUGCCAAACAGGUGGAAGCAGCUGCAGAAGUCGAGAUGACCAUGAAGACUGAGCAGGCAAAGCUGAAGCUGAAAGAAUUUGACACCCAGCAGCAGGACACUGAAUGCUGGCUCACAGACUUCCAGCAACGACUGGACUUACUGAAGAGUCAAACCACAGCUGAGGACAAACUGCACACUGCAAAGGCCAUAAUGAGCUCCAAGCCUGAAGGAGACUCCAGGAUCCAGAAGCUGAGAAGACGAGGCCAGAGCUUGAGCGGUCAGGACCUUGAGGAGCCCAAAAAACAAGAGGUUCAACAAAAAGUAAAAGGUGUUGAGGAGCAGUGGACGAGAGUCCUGCAAAAUGCUAAAGAAGCCCUGGAUCAGGCUGAGAAGCAGUUUGCUCUGGAGGGCCAGCUGAAGGAAUAUGAAGCCCUGAAAGAAAACACCAAAUCCUGGCUGGAAGACAAACAGCAGAGCCUCGUCUCUCUGGACAGUCAGACAGAUCCUGAAAAGAUAAUCAGCACCGCACAGACUAUCCUGAGCUGUAAGCCUGAGGGAGACUCCAAGCUGACAGAGCUGAGGAGACAGAGCCAGAGUCUGUCUGACCAGGAGGACCUGGAGGAGGACAAGAGACAGGAGGCUCAGCAGACGGUGAAAGAUUCAGAGGAGCAGUGGAAGACGGUCCUGCAGAAGGCAGAGAACACUCUGAAGAAAGCUGAGGUCCAAUACUCGCUCUCCAGGGAGCUGGAGUCCUUCCAUACCCAAGCAGGGAACACCAAAACCUGGGUCAAAGAGCUGCAGGAACAGGCCAAGUCCAAAGGCAGUGGCACUCAGGGCAGCCGUGCUCAGAUAGAGGACAGGCUGAACACAGCACAGGUCAUUUUGAACUCCAAGUCCAACGGUGAGGCUCAAGUGAUGGAGCUGAAGAAACGAGCUAAGAGUCUGUGUGACCAAAAAGACCUGGAGAAAGACAAGAGACAGGAGGUUCAGCAGACGGUCAAGGAUACUGAGCAGCAGUGGAAGACAGUCCUGCGGGCUGCUGAGGAGACACAGAGGCAGUUGAAGGGUGUUGUGGAGCGCAUGGCGUCCUGUCAGAACCAGCGAGAGCAGACUGAGGCCAGUCUGUCUGACCUGCAGAAGCAGACGUCCAACCUGCCGCGUGUCUUCCCCUGGCCGGGCCUGGGAGAGCGGAGGCAGGCAGUGGAAAACGCCCGGAGCCUGCUGGACCAGAGCACAGCUUUGGCCCCUGUCCUCUCAGACGUCCGCACACAGGCUGCAGAGCUGUUUAAGACCACACAGGACCCUGGCUGGUCAGAUCCCUCCUGGGCAGCCAAGGAAGAGGCCAUUCCUGCUCUGCUGAAAGAGCUGACUGAGGCAGCGGUUAAUCUGGAGCAGGGCAUCCAAACGGAGAGGCAGUGCACCCAGCUGGUGGAGCAGCAUGAAGCAGCCCAGGACUGGCUGAGGGAGCAGGUUAAAGGCCUGGGAGCUCCUCCAGCAGACAGACAGGGCCUGCACAACACCGUCAACACUCUGAAGGCCUUACUCCAGACAGUGGACAGGGAGAAUAAAGAGAUGAAGGAGCUGGACUCUGCCAGAGACAGUUUACUGAACCUCUGCACCCCUGGAGGACGGGAUGCCCUGACCCUCGAGGUCAGCCAACUCCACAGCCUCUGUGCCACCUCGGAGCGGGAGGUGAAGGAGCGCCUGAAGACCUGUGAGACACGGCUGGAGGAGCUGGACGGUCAGCUGGCCAAGAGGUCCAAGGGGCUGAAGGAGAGAGCAGCAGCCCUGCAGUGGGAGCUCCGCUCUCUGGACCAGGCGCUCAGUUACAGCGAACCACAUAACAACAUCGCUCAGCUCCAACAGCACUGGCACAGCCUUCAGAACUGUGAGAAAUCUCUAGAAGAUUUGGGUGUAAAAGUUCACAACCUUAACCAGGAAGUAAAAGCUACUCCUGCCUCUGAUGAGCUGCCAGCAGAAAUUACGACUGUGGUGCAGUCCUUAUGCCAGCAACAUGACAGUCUAAAAUCCAGGCUGAGUGACCGUAAGAGUACCUGCACUGCAAACACGGCUCGCUGUCUGAUGGACUCUCUUCACGCCCUGCAGGAGUGGAACCUCAGCAGACCACCAGAGUCCAGUUCUUCUGUGAAGGUGACAUUAGAGGAAGGUGAGAAGUUGCAGGCCAAUUUGCGGGAGGCACUCUCACACAAGCAGUUUCUGACAGACUGUUUGAUGCCAGUCUUGAUUGAGAAGCUGCAGAGAGAAGGUUCAGAGACACUCAGAGAAGCAGACACUCAUAAAGCUUCUCUCAGCCAGAGCUUAAAGGAACCUGAUGGAAAGAGUAAACAAAAGCUGUCUGAUGUACCACACGGUAAUGGAGAGGAGACAAAGGCAUCUUUAGUGGCACCACCUCGGAAAAGCAAGCGCUCACCUGAGAAAAAACCUCAAGUUACACAACAAAAAAACAUUACCUUGACAGAAACAUCUACAUCUAUUGAGGAUGUAUUGUCAGUUUCAGUUCAGUUGCAAACUGAGGCUAAAACAUCAAAGCCUACUGUGACAGUAGUCAUGGAAGACACAAAAAUAACUGGUGUGGGGCAAACCAGAAUUGAACCAACAAAAAAGAAAUCUCAGAGUCCAACAUAUGCUUCAGAACCUUUUACAGCACAACGUGACAACACUUCUCAAGAGGCACCGUUUAAAAGUAUAAAACUAGAUACCGCAGCUGAGCCUGUUGGAGCUGAGCAAAUCAAAUCUGCUGUUGAGGAAACUGUGCCUAUACAAAAGGUCAGUGAGCAGUCUACACCUGAUGUUGGUGAGAAAACUACACUUGUACCAUCCAGGAGAAAGGCCAGGACUUCAGCCACUGAUACAGAGCCUGCCCAGACUAAGGUGGAGCCUGAAAUGGUGAAAACUGGAAUUACUCAGGGAUCACCCAUAACUCUGACAGGAACUGCUGCUGUGGAAGAAACAAAGCGUGUAGCAACCAUUAUUCUAGAUGUUUCAGAGCCACUUGCUUCUGCCCCUGACAGUCUGACGUCUUCUUCAGCUCCACAGGUGGCCACAGAACUAACUGAAACUACUGUUGUGAAAGAACAAAUACUUUCUCCAACCAAGAGAAAACCAACAGAUCCAAAAUCUUCCCCAGAACAUGCUACAGAGGAGGUGGCACAGUCAAAGCUAGAGCCUAGAAGUCAGAAGCCUUCACUGAGCUCAGAAGAGCAAAUUGAAACUGUUGCUGAGGAAGAAACAAAAGUUAUACCAACCAGAGGGAAAUCAAUGGGUGUUGAGGUUUCCACAGUUGCAGAGCCAGAGUUUGUUCACGCACAAGCUAAAACUACUGUCCUGGAACAAAGUAAGCUUAUCCCACCUAAGAGGAAGUCAAAGAGUACAGAAACUCCUCUUAAACAUGCUGACACUGAGCCACACCAGACAAGGAUAGAACCUAAAGAUCAAAAAUCAUCUUUUAGUUCUAAUGACCUGAGUAAUGUUACUGAAGAAACAAAACUUGUACCGACCACCCGAAAGUCAAACACUGGUGACUUUUCCAAAACUUACGAAGCAGUUGUUACCCAUGUUAUAUCACUUGAUUUGGAGUCUGAACAAAAAAAGAAACAGCAUGAUGGUCAAAAGUUUUCAACUCCAGAGGUGGUCAAAGAACCGACUCACAGUCAGAAGCUAUCUUCAACACAAGAAUUGGUCACAGCACCACCUGAAGUAAGUACUGUGGAAAAAGGAAAGCUGUCACCAACCAAAAGAAAGUCAAAGGGUCUGAAACUUUCCCCAGAAGGUGCUACCACAGAGCUGACAAAGAGUCAGGAAGAGUUUGUCAGUCAGAAGCCAUCUAUAACUGAAGAGUUGGUCACAGCAACAACUCAUAUUACUGUUGUGGAAAAAGAACAGCUGUCACCUACAAAAGGAAAAUCAAAGGGUCUUAAACAUUCCCCAGAACUUGCUACCCAAGAGUUGAUAAAGACCAAGGAAGGCCCUCAGACUCAGAGGCCAUCCUCGACUCAAGAAAUGGUCACAACACCAAGUGGAAAUACUGUUGUGGAUAAGGGAGAGCUUCCACCAACCAAAAGAGAGUUAAAGGGUCUUAAACUAUACCCAGAAGUCGCUACCACAGAGGUGACAAAGAGUCAGGAAGAACCUGUCAUUCAGAAGCCAUCUCCAGCUCAAGAAUUGGUCACAACAACAACAACAACAACAACAACUGAAAUUACCGUUGUGGAAAAAGGAGAGCUUUCACCAACCAAAAAAGAGUUAAAGGGUCUUAAACCCUCUCCAGAAGUUGCUACCACAGAGCUGACAAAGACCAAGGAAGAGCAGGUCAGUCAGAAGCCAUCUUCAGCUCCAGGUGUGGUCACAACUCCAACUGAAUUAAGUACUGUGGAAAAAGGAAAGCUUUCACCAACCAAAAGAAAAUCAAAGGGUCUUACACUCUCCCCAGAAGUUGCUACCACAGAGGUGACAAAGAUGCAGGAAGAGCCUGUCAUUCAGGAGCCAUCUCCAGCUCAAGAAUUGGUCAUGGCAACAACUGGAAUUACUGUUGUGGAAAAAGGAGAGCUGUCACCAACCAAAAGAAAGUCAAAAGGUCCUAAAGUUCCCCAAGAGCAUCCUACCACAGAGCUGACAAAGACCAAGGAAGAGCAGGACAGUCAGAAGCCAUCUUCAGCCCCAGAUGUGGUCACAACUCCAACUGAAUUAAGUACUGUAGAAAAAGGAAAGCUUUCACCAACCAAAAGAAAAUCAAAGGGUCUUAAACUCUUCCCAGAAGUUGCUACCACAGAGAUGACAAAGAGUCAGGAAGAGCAUGUUGUUCAGAAGCCAUCUCCAGCUCAAGAAUUGGUCACAACAACAACUGAAAUUACCGUUGUGGAAAAGGGAGAGCUUUCACCAACCAAAAGAAAGUCAAAAGGUCCUAAAGGUUUCUCAGAACCUCCUCCCACGGAGCUGACAAAGACCAAGGAAGAGCAGGACAGUCAGAAGCCAUCUUCACCCCCAGGUGUGGUCACAGCACCACCUGAAGUAAGUACUGCGGAAAAAGGAAGGCUUUCACCAACCAAAAGAAAAUCAAAGGGUCUUAAACUCUUCCCAGAAGUUGCUACCACAGAGGUAACAAAGACCAAGGAAGAGCAGGUCAGUCAGAAGCCAUCUUCACCCCCAGGUGUGGUCACAGCACCACCUGAAGUAAGUACUGUGGAAAAAGGAAGGCUUUCACCAACCAAAAGAAAGUCAAAGGGUCUUAAACUAUACCCAGAAGUCACUACCACAGAGGUGACAAAGAGUCAGGAAGAAUCUGUCAUUCAGGAGCCAUCUCCAGCUCAAGAAUUGGUCACAACAACAACAACAGAAAUUACUGUUGUGGAAAAAGGAGAGCUUUCACCUACCAAAGGAAAGUCAGAGGGUCUUAAACCCUCUCCAGAAGUUGCUCCCACGGAGCUGACAAAGACCAAGGAAGAGCAGGACAGUCAGAAGCCAUCUUCACCCCCAGGUGUGGUCACAGCACCACCUGAAGUAAGUACUGCGGAAAAAGGAAAGCUUUCACCAACCAAAAGAAAAUCAAAGGGUCUUAAACUCUUCCCAGAAGUCGCUACCACAGAGGUGACAAAGAGUCAGGAAGAGCAUGUUGUUCAGAAGCCAUCUCCAGCUCAAGAAUUGGUCACAACAACAACUGAAAUUACUGUUGUGGAAAAGGGAGAGCUUUCACCUACCAAAAGAAAGUCAAAGGGUCUUAAACUUUACCCAGAAGUUGCUACCACAGAGUUGACAAAGAUGCAGGAAGAGCCUGUCAUUCAGGAGCCAUCUCCAGCUCAAGAAUUGGUCACAACUCCAACUGAAUUAAGUACUGUGGAAAAAGGAAAGCUUUCACCAACCAAAAGAAAAUCAAAGGGUCUUAAACUCUCCCCAGAAGUUGCUACCACAGAGAUGACAAAGAGUCAGGAAGAGCCUGUCAUUCAGGAGCCAUCUCCAGCUCAAGAAUUGGUCACGGCAACAACUGGAAUUACUGUUGUGGAAAAAGGAGAGCUCUCACCAACCAAAAGAAAGUCAAAAGGUCCUAAAGUUCCCCAAGAGCGUCCUACCACAGAGGUGACAAAGACCAAGGAAGAGCAGGACAGUCAGAAGCCAUCUUCAACCCCAGAUGUGGUCACAACUCCAACUGAAUUAAGUACUGUGGAAAAAGGAAAGCUUUCACCAACCAAAAGAAAAUCAAAGGGUCUUAAACUCUUCCCAGAAGUUGCUACCACAGAGGUGACAAAGAGUCAGGAAGAGCAUGUUGUUCGGAAGCCAUCUCCAGCUCAAGAAUUGGUCACAACAACUGAAAUUACCGUUGUGGAAAAGGGAGAGCUUUCACCAACCAAAAGAGAGUUAAAGGGUCUUAAACUAUACCCAGAAGUCGCUACCACAGAGGUGACAAAGAGUCAGGAAGAACCUGUCAUUCAGAAGCCAUCUCCAGCUCAAGAAUUGGUCACAACAACAACAACAACAACAGAAAUUACUGUUGUGGAAAAAGGAGAGCUUUCACCUACCAAAGGAAAGUCAGAGGGUCUUAAACCCUCUCCAGAAGUUGCUACCACAGAGCUGACAAAGACCAAGGAAGAGCAGGUCAGUCAGAAGCCAUCUUCAACUCCAGAUGUGGUCACAGCACCACCGGAAGUAAGUACUGUGGAAAAGGGAAAGCAUUCACCAACCAAAAGAAAGUCAAAGGGUCUUAAACUUUAUCCAGAAGUUGCUACCACAGAGGUGACAAAGGGUCAGGAAGAGCCUGUCAUUCAGGAGCCAUCUCCAGGUCAAGAAUUGGUCACAACAAUAACAACAACAACAACAACUGAAAUUACCGUUGUGAAAAAAGGAGAGCUUUCACCUACAAAAAGAAAGUCAAAGGGUCUUAAACCUUCUCAAGAAGUGGCUCCCACAGAGUUGACAAAGACCGAUGAGGAGCAGGUUAGUCAGAAGCCAUCAACAACUCCAGGUGUGGUCACAGCACCACCUGAAGUUACUGCUGUGGAAAAAGGAAAGCUUUCACCAACUAAAACUAAGUCUACAGGUCUUAAACUUCCCCCACAAAUAGCUACCAAAGACCUCACAAAGACCAGGGAAGAGCUCCAAAGUCAGAAACCAUCUCCAGCUCAAGAGAUGAAAUGUGAUAGUGUGAAGCCUGCCCCAGAUUUAGAGGUAGUCACAGGGCUGACUGAAAUCUCUGUAGUGGAAGAAACUGAAAUUUUUCCUCCAAAGAGAAGGUCAAAGAAUCAAACAUCUUUUCCAAACAUUGCGGAUAUAGAACCAACACAGAAAAAGGGAGAACCUACCAAUCAAGAGUUUUCAUCUAGUUCAAGAAAGGAAAUAAAAACUGCUGUUGUGGGAGGACUUAAGCUUGCACCAACCUGGAGAAAGCCAAAGAGUCCAGAACUUUCUAGACCCACACAGAUGGCUCAUAUGGAACCCGAACAAGAUAAGAAACAGAUUAAGAGUUCAGAGCUUACCACAGCUUCAGAGACCUUACCUAUUGUGGAAAUGGACUCACAACAACUACAAGAACCAGAGACCACAACGCAGAAAAUUGAUAUUGUUGGUGAAAGACAACUUCCAAUCAAGGAUGAUGCUAAAUCAGGUGUCCCUCAACAAAUGAAACCUGCUGAGGAGAGUCAAACCACUGUUAAAGAUGUCAGUCCAGUAUGUGAGAUGUUUACUCCUCAGGUUGGUGUCAUCAUUCAGGAGCUCCCAGGAAAGAAAGUUGCUACAGUUAUUCUAGACACAAAAGUGGAUACUUGUACUUCAUCUCCUCAUGCUGUACCUUUGAAGUCUGUCCCCACACCCAGUGAAUUACAGCAGUCUAAAGACAGAUCUAAAGAGGCCCCACAGCAGACCAUUACUCAGUCUACAGAAAGAGACUUGAGCACAGUGCCUAAAACACAGCUGCCUCUCUCCACUGAGCCUUCUGACACACCAAGUGUGGCAGACUACAUAGACAAGUUACAGGAAAACACAGAAGAGAAACAGAAGAGAUACCUAGUCCUCGACCUGCCUGAUACAGGUGUCACACCAACACAUGAAAUAAAGCCAAGUCAGCCGGAGGCAGAGACUGUGGCUGAAAGUGACUCCAUUCAACCCACCUCUGUGGUUUUUGCAGGGCUAUGGCCUUACGAGGGAGAGAAAGACAUUUCAGAAAAAAGCUCUGCUGAGCAAGACAUAAUAAAACCAAGUGAAACUGUGAGUCAGCUGAAAGUCACACAGGAACAACCCAAAGAGUUUAAGGAUUAUGAUAUACAGAAAGAGCAUGUUAAAGAGUUGACACGUGAUGUGCAUGAUGCACCCAAGAGUCUUGAUGAAAAGUCUGUUAAGAAAAUCCACUUGGAGCCUGAAGUGCGCAUUUUACAACUGGAUAUACAAACCAGUCCAGACAAGGAUGAAAACGCAUCUGUCACAAAAGCAAUCAGACCAAUUCCAACAAGUAUCCAGAGCGAAAGAGUGCCAGACAACAAAGAUAUAACUACUGCUGAUGUUGAGCCAGAGAAGGUUGCAAUUAAGAUGACGACAAUAGAAGUGCGCGAAAGCAGUACUGAACACCAUGAACAACAUCUGCUAGCAUUGUCCCCAGAUGAGGCAGGGACAGAAUUUGUAGAAAUAAGCAUAUCUGAGCAAGGUAUGGCAAAACCAAGCCAAACUGAGACUCAAAGAGGGCACCUAAAAACCACCAAGGAAAGACCCAAAGUAGUCAAGGAACAUGGUGUCCAAGAACAGCAACCGACACUGUCAACACAAAGCAUUGACAGUGUACCCAAGAGCUUGGAUAAAACAUCUGUUACGAAGGAGAAAAUCCACAUGGUCCCUGAAGUGCACAUCCCACAACCUGAUAAACCCACCAAUUUAGAGAAGGAUAAAAAAGCAUCUGUCACAGCAGCAGAAGUGCCAAGGAUAGAUACUGCCCAAGCAAGCAUCAAGAGCAAAAGCAUGUCGGAAAUCAAAGGCAUUACCCCUGUUGAUGUAAAGCCAGAGAAAGCUGCAGGUGAAAUGACGAAGAUGAAGGUGCAAAAAAGUGGUACUGAAUGUCAAGACGAUGUAGCUCAAAGGGGCUCUGCUCAACCCACCCCUUCGGAUUCUGAAUCAUCGCAACCACACAAAACAGAGACAGAAUUUAUAGAAAUAAGCUUUUAUGAGCAAGACAUAAUAAAACCAAGCGAAAUUGAUAUUAAGACAGGACUACUGAGAACUGCAAAGGAUAGACCUACAGAACUCAAGGAACAUGGGGUCCAGAAAGAGCAUGAUAUACCCAAGAGGCUGGAUGAAAAGACUGUCAGCAAGGAGAAAAUCCCCAAAGGGGAAAAAGUGCUCAUUUUACAACCAGGUACACAAGCCACGAUAAAGCAGCCUGAAGUCACAUCCCUUAAGAUAGCAAAGGCACCAAAGACUGAUACAGAUGACACAAGUAUCCAGGGCAAAAAAGUGCCAGAAAAGAAAGACCUGACAUCAGCUAAUGUACAGCCAGAAAAGGCUGCAGAUCAGAAGGCCAUGGUGGAAUUGAAGACCAAGGAGAAACCCAAAGAGGUCAAGGAUCGUGAUGUGCAAGAAGUGCAACCUAAAGUGUUGACAACAGACAUGCGUGAUGCACCUCAGAGCCUGGAUGAAAUGACUAUUGGGGAGGAGAAAAUACCCAAAGGAGCUGAAGUUUGCAUUUUACAACCAGGUACACGAGCCACUAUAAAGCAGUCUGAACUCACUCCUGUUACGAAAACAAAGACGCCAAAGACUGAUACAGAUCAAACAAGUAUCCAGGGCAAAAAGGUACCAGAAAAGAAAGACCUGACACGAGCUGAUGUUCAGCCUAAGAAGACUGCAGUUGAGAAGGCCAUGGUGGAAGUGAAGCCCAAGGAGAAACCCAAAGAUGUCAAGGAUCCUGACGUGCAAGGAGUGCAACCUAAAGUGUUGACAAAAGAUGUGUGUGAUGCACCCCAGAUCCUGGAUGAAAAGACUCUUAGAAUGGAGAAAAUCCAAAUGGGCCCUGAAGUACGCACCCUACAAUUAGAUAUGCCGUCCAGUCUAAAGAAGGAUGAAAACGCAACUGUCUCAAGUACAGAGGGGACAAGGAUAGAUAUAGUUCAAGCAAGCAUUCGGAGCGAUAGAGCCCCAGAAAACAAAGAUAAAACUACUCCUGCUGUCAAGCUAGAGAAGGCUGCAAUUCAGACAAGAGUAGAAACACAACAAAUUCCCACUGAAAUGCAAGAGGAUGUGACUCUGAGUGACUCCAAGCAACCCACUUCUGUUGCUUUUACAGCAGUGCAGCCAAGUGAAGAGACAACAUUUGCAAAGGUAAGCCCAUCUGAGCAUGACACUGUGCAACCAAGUGAAAGAGUGAUUAACCUGAAGUGCAUGAAAACCACAAAGAAAAAACCCAAAGAGGUCAAGGGUAGUGAUGGACAAGGAGUGCAUGCUGUGGAGUUGAGCAUGACAAAAAACAUGCAUGAUGCAACCCUGAUCCUUGAUGAAAAGUCUGUUAGUAAGGAGAAAAUCUACAAAGGUGAAAAAAUGCCUAUUUUACAAUCAGGUACACAAGCCACUAUGAAGCAGCCUGAAAUCACAUCCCUUGAGAUAGCAAAGGCAUCAAAGAGCGAUACAGAUCAAACAAGUAUCCAGGGUGAAAAAGUGCCAACAAAGAAGGACCUAACAUCAGCUGCUGUUCAGCCAGAAAAGGCUGCAGUUGAGAAGGCCGUCAUGGAGGUGAAGACCAAGGAGAAACCCAAAGAGGUCAAGGAUCGUGACGUGCAAGAUGUGCAAGCUAAAGUGAUGACAAAAGAUGUGCGUGAUGCACCUCAGAGCCUGGAUGAAAAGACUGUUGGGAAAGAGAAAAUCCCCAAAGGAGCUGAAGUGCGCAUUUCACAACCAGGUACACAAGCCACUAUAAAGCAGACUGAAAUCACAUCAGUUACCACAGCAAAGGCUCCAAAGAGCAAUACAGAUGAAACAAGUAUCCAGGGCGAAAAAGUGCCAACAAAGAAAGCCCUGACACCAGCUGCUGUUCAGCCAGAAAAGGCUGCAGUUGAGAAGGCCAUGGUGGAAGUGAAGCCCAAGGAGACACGCAAAGAGGGCAAGGAUCGUGAUGUGCAAGGAGUGCAGCCUAAAGUGUCGACAAAAGAUGUGCGUGAUGCACCUCAGAGCCUGGAUGAAAAGACUGUUGGGAAGGAGAAAAUCCCUAAAGGAGCUGAAGUGCGCAUUUCACAACCAGGUACACAAGCCACUAUAAAGCAGACUGAAAUCACAUCAGUUACCGUAGCAAAGGCUCCAAAGAGCGAUACAGAUCAAACAAGUAUCCAGGGCGAAAAAGUGCCAAUAAAGAAAGACCUGACACCAGCUGCUGUUCAGCCAGCAAAGGCUGCAGUUGAGAAGGCCAUGGUGAAAGUGAAGCCCAAGGAGACACCCAAAGAGGUCAAGGAUCGUGAUGUGCAAGAAGUGCAGCCUAAAGUGACGCCAAAAGAUGUGCGUGAUGCACCUCAGAGCCUGGUUGAGAAGACUGUUGGGAAGGAGAAAAUCCCCAAAGGAGCUGAAGUGCGCAUUUCACAACCAGGUACACAAGCCACUAUGAAGCAGACUGAAAUCACAUCAGUUACCGUAUCAAAGGCUCCAAAGAGCGAUACAGAUCAAACAAGUAUCCAGGGCGACAAAGUGCCAACAAAGAAAGACCUGACACCAGCUGCUGUUCAGCCAGAAAAGGCUGCAGUUGAAAGGGCUAUCAUGGAAGUGAAGACCAAGGAGACACCCAAAGAGGUCAAGGAUCGUGACGUGCAAGAAGUGCAGCCUAAAGUGACGCCAAAAGAUGUGCGUGAUGCACCUCAGAGCCUGGAUGAAAAGACUGUUGGGAAGGAGAGAAUCUCCAAAGGAGCAGAAGUGCGCAUUUCACAACCAGGUACACAAGCCACUAUAAAGCAGACUGAAAUCACAUCAGUUACCACAGCAAAGGCUCCAAAGAGCGGUACAGAUCAAACAAGUAUCCAGGGUGAAAAAGUGCCAGAAAAGAAAGACCUGACACCAGCUGCUGUUCAGCCAGAAAUGGCUGGAAUAGAGAAGGCCAUCAUGGAAGUGAAGGCCAAGGAGAAACCCAAAGAGGGCAAGGAUCGUGAUGUGCAAGGAGUGCAAGCUAAAGUGACGCCAAAAGAUGUGCGUGAUGCACCUCAGAGCCUGGAUGAAAAGACUGUUGGGAAGGAGAAAAUCCCUAAAGGAGCUGAAGUGCGCAUUUCACAACCAGGUACACAAGCCACUAUAAAGCAGACUGAAAUCACAUCAGUUACCGUAGCAAAGGCUCCAAAGAGCGAUACAGAUCAAACAAGUAUCCAGGGCGAAAAAGUGCCAACAAAAAAAGACCUGACACCGGCUGCUGUUCAGCCAGAAAAGGCUGCAGUUGAGAAGGCAAUGGUGGAAGUGAAGCCCAAGGAGAAACCCAAAGACACCAGGGAUCAUGACGUGCAAGCUAAAGUGACAACAAAAGAUGUGAGUGAUGCACCUCAGAGCUUGGAUGAAAAGACUGUUGGGAAGGAGAAAAUCCCCAAAGGAGCUGAAGUGUGCGUUUUACAACCAGGUACACAAGCCACUAUAAAGCAGACUGAAAUCACAUCAGCUACCGUAGCAAAGGCUCCAAAGAGCGAUACAGAUCAAACAAGUAUCCAGGGCGAAAAAGUGCCAGACAAGAAAGACCUGACACCAGCUGCUGUUCAGCCAGAAAAGGCUGCAGUUGAGAAGGCCAUGGUGAAAGUGAAGACCAAGGAGAAACCCAAAGAGGGCAAGGAUCGUGAUGUGCAAGGGGUGCAACCUCAAGUGACAACAAAAGAUGUGCGUGAUGCACCUCAGAGCCUGGAUGAAAAGACUGUUGGGAAGGAGAAAAUCCCCAAAGGAGCUGAAGUGCGCAUUUCACAACCAGGUACACAAGCCACUAUAAAGCAGACCGAAAUCACAUCAGUUACAACGGCAAAGGCUCCAAAGAGCGAUACAGAUCAAACAAGUAUCCAGGGCGAGAAGGUGCCAGACAAGAAAGACCUGACACCAGCUGCUGUUCAGCCAGAAAAGGCUGCAGUUGAGAAGGCCAUGGUGGAAGUGAAGCCCAAGGAGAAACCCAAAGAGGUCAAGGAUUGUGAUAUGCGAGGAAUGCAAGCUAAAGUGACACCAAAAGAUGUGCGUGAUGCACCUCAGAGCCUGGAUGAAAAGACUGUUGGGAAGGAGAAAAUCCCCAAAGGAGCUGAAGUGCGCAUUUCACAACCAGACAAGAAAGACCUGACACCAGCUGCUGUUCAGCCAGAAAAGGCUGCAGUUGAGAAGGCCAUGGUGGAAGUGAAGCCCAAGGAGAAACCCAAAGAGGUCAAGGAUUGUGAUAUGCGAGGAAUGCAAGCUAAAGUGUCGACAAAAGAUGUGCGUGAUGCACCUCAGAGCCUGGAUGAAAAGACUGUUGGGAAGGAGAAAAUCCCCAAAGGAGCUGAAGUGCGCAUUUCACAACCAGGUACACAAGCCACUAUAAAGCAGACUGAAAUCAUAUCAGUUACCGUAGCAAAGGCUCCAAAGAUUGAUACAGAUCAAACAAGUAUCCAUGGUGAAAAAGUGCCAAGAAAGAAAGACCUGACACCAGCUGCUGUUCAGCCAGAAAAGGCUGCAGUUGAGAAGGCCAUGGUGGAAGUGAAGCCCCAGGAGAAACCCAAAGAGGGCAAGGAUCGUGAUGUGCAAGGAGUGCAAGUUAAAGUGUCGACAAAAGAUGUGCGUGAUGCACCUCAGAGCCUGGAUGAAAAGACUGUUGGGAAGGAGAAAAUCCCUAAAGGAGCUGAAGUGCGCAUUUCACAACCAGGUACACAAGCCACUAUAAAGCAGACUGAAAUCACAUCAGUUACCACAGCAAAGGCUCCAAAGAUUGAUACAGAUCAAACAAGUAUCCAGGGCGAAAAAGUGCCAACAAAGAAAGACCUGACACCAGCUGCUGUUCAGCCAGAAAAGGCUGCAGUUGAAAGGGCUAUCAUGGAAGUGAAGCCCAAGGAGAAACCCAAAGACACCAGGGAUCAUGACGUGCAAGCUAAAGUGACAACAAAAGAUGUGAGUGAUGCACCUCAGAGCUUGGAUGAAAAGACUGUUGGGAAGGAGAAAAUCCCCAAAGGAGCUGAAGUGUGCGUUUUACAACCAGGUACACAAGCCACUAUAAAGCAGACUGAAAUCACAUCAGCUACCGUAGCAAAGGCUCCAAAGAGCGAUACAGAUCAAACAAGUAUCCAGGGUGAAAAAGUGCCAGACAAGAAAGACCUGACACCAGCUGCUGUUCAGCCAGAAAAGGCUGCAGUUGAGAAGGCCAUGGUGAAAGUGAAGGCCAAGGAGAAACCCAAAGAGGGCAAGGAUCGUGAUGUGCAAGGGGUGCAACCUCAAGUGACACCAAAAGAUGUGCGUGAUGCACCUCAGAGCCUGGAUGAAAAGACUGUUGGGAAGGAGAAAAUCCCCAAAGGAGCUGAAGUGCGCAUUUCACAACCAGUAUCCAGGGCGAAGGUGCCAGACAAGAAAGACCUGACACCAGCUGCUGUUCAGCCAGAAAAGGCUGCAGUUGAGAAGGCCAUGGUGGAAGUGAAGCCCAAGGAGAAACCCAAAGAGGUCAAGGAUUGUGAUAUGCGAGGAAUGCAAGCUAAAGUGUCGACAAAAGAUGUGCGUGAUGCACCUCAGAGCCUGGAUGAAAAGACUGUUGGGAAGGAGAAAAUCCCCAAAGGAGCUGAAGUGUGCGUUUUACAACCAGGUACACAAGCCACUAUAAAGCAGACUGAAAUCACAUCAGCUACUGUAGCAAAGGCUCCAAAGAGCGAUACAGAUCAAACAAGUAUCCAGGGCGACAAAGUGCCAACAAAGAAAGACCUGACACCAGCUGCUGUUCAGCCAGAAAAGGCUGCAGUUGAGAAGGCCAUGGUGGAAGUGAAGCCCAAGGAGAAACCCAAAGAGGUCAAGGAUCGUGAUGUGCAAGGAGUGCAACCUAAAGUGACGACAAAAGAUGUGCGUGAUGCACCUCAGAUCCUGGAUGAAAAGACUGUUGGGAAGGAGAAAAUCCCUAAAGGAGCUGAAGUGCGCAUUUCACAACCAGGUACACAAGCCACUAUAAAGCAGACUGAAAUCAUAUCAGUUACCGUAGCAAAGGCUCCAAAGAUUGAUACAGAUCAAACAAGUAUCCAGGGCGAAAAAGUGCCAACAAAAAAAGCCCUGACACCAGCUGCUGUUCAGCCAGAAAAGGCUGCAGUUGAGAAGGCCAUGGUGGAAGUGAAGCCCCAGGAGAAACCCAAAGAGGGCAAGGAUCGUGAUGUGCAAGGAGUGCAAGUUAAAGUGACGACAAAAGAUGUGCGUGAUGCACCUCAGAUCCUGGAUGAAAAGACUGUUGGGAAGGAGAAAAUCCCUAAAGGAGCUGAAGUGCGCAUUUCACAACCAGGUACACAAGCCACUAUAAAGCAGACUGAAAUCACAUCAGUUACCGUAUCAAAGGCUCCAAAGAGCGAUACAGAUCAAACAAGUAUCCAGGGCGAAAAAGUGCCAGACAAGAAAGACCUGACACCAGCUGCUGUUCAGCCAGAAAAGGCUGCAGUUGAAAGGGCUAUCAUGGAAGUGAAGACCAAGGAGACACCCAAAGAGGUCAAGGAUCGUGACAUGCAAGAAGUGCAGCCUAAAGUGACGCCAAAAGAUGUGCGUGAUGCACCUCAGAGCCUGGAUGAAAAGACUGUUGGGAAGGAGAGAAUCUCCAAAGGAGCAGAAGUGCGCAUUUCACAACCAGGUACACAAGCCACUAUAAAGCAGACUGAAAUCACAUCAGUUACCACAGCAAAGGCUCCAAAGAGCGGUACAGAUCAAACAAGUAUCCAGGGUGAAAAAGUGCCAGAAAAGAAAGACCUGACACCAGCUGCUGUUCAGCCAGCAAAGGCUGCAGUUGAGAAGGCCAUGGUGGAAGUGAAGACCAAGGAGAAACCCAAAGAGGUCAAGGAUCGUGACAUGCAAGAAGUGCAGCCUAAAGUGACGCCAAAAGAUGUGCGUGAUGCACCUCAGAGCCUGGAUGAAAAGACUGUUGGGAAGGAGAAAAUCCCUAAAGGAGCUGAAGUGCGCAUUUCACAACCAGGUACACAAGCCACUAUAAAGCAGACUGAAAUCACAUCAGCUACCGUAGCAAAGGCUCCAAAGAGCGAUACAGAUCAAACAAGUAUCCAGGGCGAAAAAGUGCCAGACAAGAAAGACCUGACACCAGCUGCUGUUCAGCCAGAAAAGGCUGCAGUUGAGAAGGCCAUGGUGAAAGUGAAGGCCAAUGAGAAACCCAAAGAGGGCCAGGAUCAUGUCGUGCAAGCUAAAGUGACAACAAAAGAUGUGAGUGAUGCACCUCAGAGCCUGGAUGAAAAGACUGUUGGGAAGGAGAAAAUCCCCAAAGGAGCUGAAGUGCGCAUUUCACAACCAGGUACACAAGCCACUAUAAAGCAGACUGAAAUCACAUCAGUUACAACGGCAAAGGCUCCAAAGAGCGAUACAGAUCAAACAAGUAUCCAGGGCAAGAAUGUGCCAGACAAGAAAGACCUGACACCAGCUGCUGUUCAGCCAGAAAAGGCUGCAGUUGAGAAGGCCAUGAGCCUGGAUGAAAAGACUGUUGGGAAGGAGAGAAUCUCCAAAGGAGCUGAAGUGCGCAUUUUACAACCAGGUACACAAGGCACUAUAAAGCAGACUGAAAUCACAUCAGCUACCGUAGCAAAGGCUCCAAAGAGCGGUACAGAUCAAACAAGUAUCCAGGUCCAGAAGGUGCCAGACAAGAAAGACCUGACACCAGCUGCUGUUCAGCCAGAAAAGGCUGCAGUUGAGAAGGCCAUGGUGGAAGUGAAGCCCAAGGAGAAACCCAAAGAGGUCAAGGAUUGUGAUAUGCGAGGAAUGCAAGCUAAAGUGACACCAAAAGAUGUGCGUGAUGCACCUCAGAGCCUGGAUGAAAAGGCUGUUGGGAAGGAGAAAAUCCCUAAAGGAGCUGAAGUGCGCAUUUCACAACCAGGUACACAAGACACUAUAAAGCAGACUGAAAUCACAUCAGUUACCGUAGCAAAGGCUCCAACGAGCGAUACAGAUCAAACAAGUAUCCAGGGUGAAAAAGUGCCAAUAAAAAAAGACCUGACACCAGCUGCUGUUCAGCCAGCAAAGGCUGCAGUUGAGAAGGCCAUGGUGGAAGUGAAGCCCAAGGAGAAACCCAAAGAGGGCAAGGAUCGUGAUGUGCAAGGAGUGCAACCUAAAGUGACGACAAAAGAUGUGCGUGAUGCACCUCAGAGCCUGGAUGAAAAGACUGUUGGGACGGACAAAAUUCCCAAAGUAGCUGAAGUGUGCGUUUUACAACCAGGUACACAAGCCACUAUAAAGCAGACUGAAAUCACAUCAGCUACUGUAGCAAAGGCUCCAAAGAGCGAUACAGAUCAAACAAGUAUCCAGAGCGACAAAGUGCCAACAAAGACAGACCUGACACCAGCUGCUGUUCUGCCAGAAAAGGCUGCAGUUGAAAGGGCUAUCAUGGAAGUGAAGACCAAGGAGAAACCCAAAGAGGGCAAGGAUCGUGAUGUGCAAGUAGUGCAGCCUAAAGUGACGACAAAAGAUGUGCGUGAUGCACCUCAGAGCCUGGAUGAAAAGACUGUUGGGACGGACAAAAUUCCCAAAGUAGCUGAAGUGUGCGUUUUACAACCAGGUACACAAGGGACUAUAAAGCAGCCUGAAAUCACAUCAGCUACUGUAGCAAAGGCUCCAAAGAGCGAUAUAGAUCAAACAAGUAUCCAGAGCGACAAAGUGCCAACAAAGACAGACCUGACACCAGCUGCUGUUCAGCCAGAAAAGGCUGCAGUUGAAAGGGCUAUCAUGGAAGUGAAGACCAAGGAGAAACCCAAAGAGGUCAAGGAUCGUGACGUGCAAGAAGUGCAGCCUAAAGUGACGCCAAAAGAUGUGCGUGAUGCACCUCAGAGCCUGGAUGAAAAGACUGUUGGGAAGGAGAAAAUCCCCAAAGGAGCUGAAGUGCGCAUUUCACAACCAGGUACACAAGGCACUAUAAAGCAGACUGAAAUCACAUCAGUUACCACAGCAAAGGCUCCAAAGAGCGGUACAGAUCAAACAAGUAUCCAGGGUGAAAAAGUGCCAGAAAAGAAAGACCUGACACCAGCUGCUGUUCAGCCAGAAAUGGCUGGAAUAGAGAAGGCCAUCAUGGAAGUGAAGGCCAAGGAGAAACCCAAAGAGGGCAAGGAUCGUGAUGUGCAAGGAGUGCAAGUUAAAGUGUCGACAAAAGAUGUGCGUGAUGCACCUCAGAGCCUGGAUGAAAAGGCUGUUGGGAAGGAGAAAAUCCCUAAAGGAGCUGAAGUGCGCAUUUCACAACCAGGUACACAAGCCACUAUAAAGCAGAGUGAAAUCACAUCAGUUACCGUAGCAAAGGCUCCAAAGAGCGAUACAGAUCAAACAAGUAUCCAGGGCGAAAAAGUGCCAGAAAAGAAAGACCUGACACGAGCUGCUGUUCAGCCAGCAAAGGCUGCAGUUGAGAAGGCCAUGGUGGAAGUGAAGACCAAGGAGAAACCCAAAGAGGGCAAGGAUCGUGAUGUGCAAGGAAUGCAACCUAAAGUGUCGACAAAAGAUGUGUGUGAUUCACCUCAGAGCCUGGAUGAAAAGACUGUUGGGAAGGAGAAAAUCCCCAAAGGAGCUGAAGUGUGCGUUUUACAACCAGGUACACAAGCCACUAUAAAGCAGACUGAAAUCACAUCAGUUACCGUAGCAAAGGCUCCAAAGACUGAUACAGAUCAAACAAGUAUCCAGGGUGAAAAAGUGCCAGAAAAGACAGACCUGACACCAGCUGCUGUUCAGCCAGCAAAGGCUGCAGUUGAGAAGGCCAUGGUGGAAGUGAAGACCAAGGAGAAACCCAAAGAGGUCAAGGAUCGUGAUGUGCAAGGAGUGCAAGCUAAAGUGACACCAAAAGAUGUGCGUGAUGCACCUCAGAUCCUGGAUGAAAAGGCUGUUGGGAAAGAGAAAAUCCCCAAAGGAGCUGAACCAGAAAAGGCUGCAGUUGAGAAGGCCAUGGUGGAAGUGAAGACUAAGGAGAAACCCAAAGAGGUCAAGGAUCGUGAUGUGCAAGGAAUGCAACCUAAAGUGACGCCAAAAGAUGUGCGUGAUGCACCUCAGAGCCUGGAUGAAAAGACUGUUGGGAAGGAGAAAAUCCCCAAAGGAGCUGAAGUGUGCGUUUUACAACCAGGUACACAAGCCACUAUAAAGCAGACUGAAAUCACAUCAGUUACCGUAGCAAAGGCUCCAAAGACUGAUACAGAUCAAACAAGUAUCCAGGGCGAAAAAGUGCCAGAAAAGACAGACCUGACACCAGCUGCUGUUCAGCCAGCAAAGGCUGCAGUUGAGAAGGCCAUGGUGGAAGUGAAGACCAAGGAGAAACCCAAAGAGGUCAAGGAUCGUGAUGUGCAAGGAGUGCAACCUAAAGUGACACCAAAAGAUGUGCGUGAUGCACCUCAGAUCCUGGAUGAAAAGGCUGUUGGGAAGGAGAAAAUCCCCAAAGGAGCUGAAGUGCGCAUUUCACAACCAGGUACACAAGGCACUAUAAAGCAGACUGAAAUCACAUCAGUUACAACGGCAAAGGCUCCAAAGAGCGAUACAGAUCAAACAAGUAUCCAGGGCGACAAAGUGCCAGAAAAGACAGACCUGACACCAGCUGCUGUUCAGCCAGAAAAGGCUGCAGUUGAGAAGGCCAUGGUGGAAGUGAAGACUAAGGAGAAACCCAAAGAGGUCAAGGAUCGUGAUGUGCAAGGAAUGCAACCUAAAGUGUUGACCAAAGAUGUGCUUGAUGCCCCUCAGAUCCUGGAUGAAAAGGCUGUUGGGAAGGAGAAAAUCCCCAAAGGAGCUGAAGUGCGCAUUUCACAACCAGGUACACAAGGCACUAUAAAGCAGACUGAAAUCACAUCAGUUACAACGGCAAAGGCUCCAAAGAGCGAUACAGAUCAAACAAGUAUCCAGGGCGACAAAGUGCCAACAAAAAAAGCCCUGACACCGGCUGCUGUUCAGCCAGAAAAGGCUGCAGUUGAGAAGGCCAUGGUGGAAGUGAAGACUAAGGAGAAACCCAAAGAGGUCAAGGAUCGUGAUGUGCAAGGAAUGCAACCUAAAGUGUUGACCAAAGAUGUGCGUGAUGCACCUCAGAUCCUGGAUGAAAAGGCUGUUGGGAAAGAGAAAAUCCCCAAAGGAGCUGAAGUGUGCGUUUUACAACCAGGUACACAAGCCACUAUAAAGCAGACUGAGAUAAAAUCAGUUACCGUAGCAAAGGCUCCAAAGAGCGAUACAGAUCAAACAAGUAUCCAGGGCGAAAAAGUGCCAAUAAAGAAAGACCUGACACCAGCUGCUGUUCAGCCAGAAAAGGCUGCAGUUGAGAAGGCCAUGGUGGAAGUGAAGACUAAGGAGAAACCCAAAGAGGUCAAGGAUCGUGAUGUGCAAGGAAUGCAACCUAAAGUGUUGACCAAAGAUGUGCGUGAUGCACCUCAGAUCCUGGAUGAAAAGGCUGUUGGGAAAGAGAAAAUCCCCAAAGGAGCUGAAGUGCGCAUUUCACAACCAGGUACACAAGGCACUAUAAAGCAGACUGAAAUCACAUCAGUUACUGUAGCAAAGGCUCCAAAGAGCGAUACAGAUCAAACAAGUAUCCAGGGCGACAAAGUGCCAACAAAAAAAGCCCUGACACCGGCUGCUGUUCAGCCAGAAAAGGCUGCAGUUGAGAAGGCCAUGGUGGAAGUGAAGACUAAGGAGAAACCCAAAGAGGUCAAGGAUCGUGAUGUGCAAGGAAUGCAACCUAAAGUGUUGACCAAAGAUGUGCGUGAUGCCCCUCAGAUCCUGGAUGAAAAGACUGUUGGGAAGGAGAAAAUCCCCAAAGGAGCUGAAGUGUGCGUUUUACAACCAGGUACACAAGCCACUAUAAAGCAGACUGAGAUAAAAUCAGUUACCGUAGCAAAGGCUCCAAAGAGCGAUACAGAUCAAACAAGUAUUCAGGGCGAAAAAGUGCCAAUAAAGAAAGACCUGACACCAGCUGCUGUUCAGCCAGAAAAGGCUGCAGUUGAGAAGGCCAUGGUGGAAGUGAAGACCAAUGAGAAACCCAAAGAGGGCAAGGAUCGUGACGUGCAAGGAGUGCAACCUAAAGUGACGCCAAAAGAUGUGCGUGAUGCACCUCAGAGCCUGGAUGAAAAGGCUGUUGGGAAAGAGAAAAUCCCCAAAGGAGCUGUUGUGUGCGUUUUACAACCAGGUACACAAGGCACUAUAAAGCAGACUGAAACCACAUCAGCUACUGUAGCAAAGGCUCCAACGAUUGAUACAGAUCAAACAAGUAUCCAGGGCGACAAAGUGCCAACAAAGAAAGACCUGACACCAGCUGCUGUUCAGCCAGAAAAGGCUGCAGUUGAAAGGGCUAUCAUGGAAGUGAAGGCCAAGGAGAAACCCAAAGAGGGCAAGGAUCGUGAUGUGCAAGGAGUGCAAGCUAAAGUGUCGACAAAAGAUGUGCGUGAUGCACCUCAGAGCCUGGAUGAAAAGACUGUUGGGAAGGAGAAAAUCCCCAAAGGAGCUGAAGUGCGCAUUUCACAACCAGGUACACAAGCCACUAUAAAGCAGACCGAAAUCACAUCAGUUACAACGGCAAAGGCUCCAAAGACUGAUACAGACGAAACAAGUAUCCAGGGCGAGAAGGUGCCAGACAAGAAAGACCUGACACCAGCUGCUGUUCAGCCAGAAAAGGCUGCAGUUGAGAAGGCAAUGGUGGAAGUGAAGCCCAAGGAAAAACCCAAAGAGGCCAGGGAUCAUGACGUGCAAGCUAAAGUGACAACAAAAGAUGUGUGUGAUGCACCUCAGAGCUUGGAUGAAAAGGCUGUUGGGAAGGAGAAAAUCCCUAAAAGAGCUGAAGUGCGCAUUUCACAACCAGGUACACAAGGCACUAUAAAGCAGACCGAAAUCACAUCAGUUACUGUAGCAAAGGCUCCAAAGAUUGGUACAGAUCAAACAAGUAUCCAGGGUGAAAAAGUGCCAACAAAAAAAGACCUGACACCGGCUGCUGUUCAGCCAGAAAAGGCUGCAGUUGAGAAGGCCAUGGUGGAAGUAAAGACCAAGGAAAAACCCAAAGAGGUCAAGGAUCGUGACGUGCAAGCUAAAGUGACGACAAAAGAUGUGUGUGAUGCCCCUCAGAGCUUGUAUGAAAAGACUGUUGGGAAGGAGAAAAUCCCCAAAGGAGCUGAAGUGUGCAUUUUACAACCAGAUACACAAGCCACUAUAAAGCAGACUGAAAUCACAUCAGUUACUGUAGCAAAGGCUCCAAAGACUGAUACAGAUCAAACAAGUAUCCAGGGCGACAAAGUGCCAAUAAAGAAAGACCUGACACCGCCUGCUGUUCAGCCAGAAAAGGCUGCAGUUGAGAAGGCCAUGGUGGAAGUGAAGCCCAAGGAGACACCCAGAGAGGGCAAGGAUCGUGAUGUGCAAGGAUUGCAACCUAAAGUGUCGACAAAAGAUGUGCGUGAUGCACCUCAGAGCCUGGAUGAAAAGACUGUUGGGAAGGAGAAAAUCCCCAAAGGAGCUGAAGUGUGCAUUUUACAACCAGGUACACAAGCCACUAUAAAGCAGACUGAAAUCACAUCAGUUACUGUAGCAAAGGCUCCAAAGAGCGAUACAGAUCAAACAAGUAUCCAGGGCGAAAAAGUGCCAAUAAAGAAAGACCUGACACCAGCUGCUGUUCAGCCAGAAAAGGCUGCAGUUGAGAAAGCCAUGGUGGAAGUGAAGCCCAAGGAGAAACCCAAAGAGGUCAAGGAUCGUGACGUGCAACCUAAAGUGUCGACAAAAGAUGUGCGUGAUGCACCUCAGAGCCUGGAUGAAAAGACUGUUGGGAAGGAGAAAAUCCCCAAAGGAGCUGAAGUGUGCAUUUUACAACCAGGUACACAAGCCACUAUAAAGCAGACUGAAAUCACAUCAGCUACUGUAGCAAAGGCUCCAAAGAGCGAUACAGAUCAAACAAGUAUCCAGGGCGACAAAGUGCCAACAAAGAAAGACCUGACACCAGCUGCUGUUCAGCCAGAAAAGGCUGCAGUUGAGAAGGCCAUGGUGGAAGUGAAGACCAAGGAGAAACCCAAAGAGGUCAAGGAUUGUGAUGUGCAAGGAAUGCAACCUAAAGUGUUGACAAAAGAUGUGCGUGAUGCCCCUCAGAUCCUGGAUGAAAAGACUGUUGGGAAGGAGAAAAUCCCCAAAGGAGCUGAAGUGCAUUCACAACAGUACACAAGCCACUAUAAAGCCAGACUGAAAUCCAUCAGUGUUACCGUAGCAAACGCUCCAAUGAGUGGUACAGAUCAAACAAGUAUCCAGGGCGAACAAGUGCCAACAAAGAAAGACCUGACACCAGCUGCUGUUCAGCCAGAAAAGGCUGCAGUUGAGAAGGCCAUGGUGGAAGUGAAGCCCAAGGAGAAACCCAAAGAGGUCAAGGAUCGUGACGUGCAACCUAAAGUGUCGACAAAAGAUGUGCGUGAUGCACCUCAGAGCCUGGAUGAAAAGACUGUUGGGACGGACAAAAUCCCCAAAGGAGCUGAAGUGUGCAUUUUACAACCAGGUACACAAGCCACUAUAAAGCAGACCGAAAUCACAUCAGUUACAACGGCAAAGGCUCCAAAGACUGAUACAGAUCAAACAAGUAUCCAGGGCGAAAAAGUGCCAAUAAAGAAAGACCUGACACCAGCUGCUGUUCAGCCAGAAAAGGCUGCAGUUGAGAAGGCCAUGGUGGAAGUGAAGGCCAAGGAGAAACCCAAAGAGGGCAAGGAUCGUGACGUGCAAGGAGUGCAAUCUAAAGUGACGCCAAAAGAUGUGCGUGAUGCACCUCAGAGCCUGGAUGAAAAGGCUGUUGGGAAGGAGAAAAUCCUCAAAGGAGCUGAAGUGUGCAUUUCACAACCAGGAACACAAGCCACUAUAAAGCAGACUGAAAUAACAUCAGUUACCGUAGCAACGGCUCCAAAGAGCGGUACAGAUCAAACAAGUAUCCAGGGUGAAAAAGUGCCAAUAAAAAAAGACCUGACACCAGCUGCUGUUCAGCCAGAAAAGGCUGCAGUUGAGAAGGCCAUGGUGGAAGUAAAGACCAAGGAAAAACCCAAAGAGGGCAAGGAUCGUGAUGUGCAAGGAGUGCAACCUAAAGUGACGACCAGAGAUGUGCGUGAUGCACCUCAGAGCCUGGAUGAAAAGACUGUUGGGAAGGAGAAAAUCCCCAAAGGAGCUGAAGUGUGCAUUUCACAACCAGGUACACAAGCCACUAUAAAGCAGACUGAAAUCACAUCAGUUACCACAGCAAAGGCUCCAAAGAGUGAUACAGAUCAAACAAGUGUCCAUGGUGAAAAAGUGCCAACAACGAAAGACCUGACACCAGCUGCUGUUCAGCCAGAAAAGGCUGCAGUUGAGAAGGCCAUGGUGAAAGUGAAGGCCAAGGAGAAACCCAAAGAGGGCAAGGAUCCUGACGUGCAAGAAGUGCAACCUAAAGUGACGCCAAAAGAUGUGCGUGAUGCACCUCAGAGCCUGGAUGAAAAGGCUGUUGGGAAGGAGAAAAUCCCCAAAGGAGCUGAAGUGUGCAUUUCACAACUAGGUACACAAGCCACUAUAAAGCAGAGUGAAAUCACAUCAGUUACCGUAGCAAAGGCUCCAAAGAGCGGUACAGAUCAAACAAGUAUCCAGGGCGAACAAGUGCCAACAAAGAAAGACCUGACACCAGCUGCUGUUCAGCCAGAAAAGGCUGCAGUUGAGAAGGCCAUGGUGGAAGUGAAGCCCAAGGAGAAACCCAAAGAGGUCAAGGAUCGUGACGUGCAAGCUAUAGUGACGACAAAAGAUGUGUGUGAUGCACUUCAGAGCUUGUAUGAAAAGACUGUUGGGAUGGAGAAAAUCCCCAAAGGAGCUGAAGUGCGCAUUUCACAACCAGGUACACAAGGCACUAUAAAGCAGACUGAAAUCACAUCAGUUACCGUAGCAAAGGCUCCAAAGAGCGGUACAGAUCAAACAAGUAUCCAUGGCGAAAAAGUGCCAGAAAAGACAGACCUGACACCAGCUGCUGUUCAGCCAGCAAAGGCUGCAGUUGAGAAGGCCAUGGUGGAAGUGAAGCCCAAGGAGAAACCCAAAGAGGGCAAGGAUCGUGAUGUGCAAGGAGUACAACCUAAAGUGACGCCAAAAGAUGUGCGUGAUGCACCUCAGAGCCUGGAUGAAAAGGCUGUUGGGAAGGAGAAAAUCCCCAAAGGAGCUGAAGUGCGCAUUUCACAACUAGGUACACAAGCCACUAUAAAGCAGACUGAAAUCACAUCAGUUACCGUAGCAACGGCUCCAAAGAGCGGUACAGAUCAAACAAAUAUCCAGGGCCAAAAAGUGCCAACAAAGAAAGACCUGACACCAGCUGCUGUUCAGCCAGAAAAGGCUGCAGUUGAGACGGCCAUCAUGGAAGUGAAGCCCAAGGAGAAACCCAAAGAGGGCAAGGAUCGUGACGUGCAAGGAAUGCAAGCUAAAUUGUUUACAAAAGACUUGCAUGAUGUACCCCAGAGCCCGGAUGAAAGGACUGUUAAAAAGGGAGACAUUCUCUUGAGUGUACAUGAAUACAAAACUGUCACAGUGGAAAAGGAACCAAAGAUAGAAUCAAAUAUCCUGUCUGAGACAAUCAAAAAACACAAAGUUGUGACCACCACUAAAAUGACAACUGUAGAAGUACAAGAAAGCUUUACUGGAUCCCUGUCUGAACUCAGUGUGGUGCCAAGUGCCCAAACUGAGGGGCAUCUGACAGAUGCAAUGGGAAAACAAAAGGAGGAAUGGACGGAGGAGAAGAAGAGGACUAUUCAGGAAAAGGACAGGGAAAUGAUGGUCAGGGUAGAAACACAAACUGUUCAAGUCCCAAGUGCCACGACCCACAGCACUAGUGAAGUGACACUGCAGAGAAUGGAUUUGCCACAGGUGUACAAGACUGACAAGAGAUCCCCUGCAUCACUGCAGGCAGUUCAGAAAUCUUCAGCUGACGUUAUCUGGGGUGAGGUAAGCCUGGUGGAGGGAUUGCCCCUUCAGGAAAGCAAAACUCAAGCAGAAGCAGCUUUUAUGACGACUGAGAAGCUUUCUCUGAGGGAACCAAAAGGAUCCGCCAUGAGGACCAUCUUCACAGAGAUACACCUACUCUCAGGGACAGAAGCCACCUGUCAAUUUAUUGAGGGUAAACCAUUGGGGGCUGCUCAAGAGGGUCUGAUUACAUCCACCACUGAUCUGGACAACCGUCUGAGCAGGCUGGUGUCGAAAGUCUUGAGCUGCAAGAACCAGCCAGCUGAGCUCAACCCAACAGCCAUGGCCAAGCAGCUGGAGGAAGUUCAGGAGUGCAGAGAAACUGCCCAGGCACAGGUGUCAUUGCUUUCUCAGCUGAGAGGAGCUGAUGCUGAGAACAAGGAUGCUUUGGAGCAUGUAACGGACCAGUGGAGUGCAGCUGUACAGGAUGCAGCUGCUGUCAUCCAGACUAAAGAGGCCCAACUGCAGCUGGUGACUGAUUACUGCAAGCAGACCCAAGAAGCCAAGAACACACUGGAUAGACUGACAAUAGAACUGGCUGCUGUCAGAACGUCCCCAGAGGAGAGCAGCUCCAAGGAGGCAGAGCGACUAUGCGCCUUACAGAGAAGUACGGAGGAGAACAGAACAGUACUUGGGGAGCUCCUCGUGACCCAUACCAAGUUAUGCCCCCACCUCAGCUCUUCUGAGCGAGCGACCGCACAGGCUGGGCUGAAGAACCUACAAGGGAAGUGGGGCGGCCUAGAAUGGGCUGUGGAGAGGUCAUUGUAUCACACAAAUGUCCAUGCUCAGGAGACCAGUAGCCUUCUGUCGGCGAUAUCAGGUCUUCAGGAACAAUUGAAGACAACCAGCAAAGACCUUGAAGCCAUGUCUCCUUCAGCUACGCAGUGGAAUUGCAAGAAGGCACAGCAGCUGAUGGUGGCAAAUGCUGAGGUUAAAGCUGCCCAGCAGAAAUACCUUCAUUUGCAGCAGCUUUCAGAGGCAGUGCUACGCUUGCGAAGGGAGAGGGAUACAACAGAGAUACAGCAGGGGCUUCAGAGGAUCAAAGACCAAGUUUGCCGUACAGAGGAACUUGUGUCCUCACAAACUCAGAACAGCACCAACCCCAUCAUGGAGAAAAUUAUCGUGGUGAUGAGGGAUGGCUAUGCCUGGGCGAAGCAGACAGAAAGUGACAUUGAGGGCAGGAGGAAGAGGGUGGCUCUCCUCCCUGAGGAGGUUCACAGGCAACUCAGAGAUCUGAAGAAGCUGCAGUCUGAGGUCAUGGCCAAACAGGGCCAACUGGAGUCCCUGGUAGAGGAGGUGACGGAGCUUCUUCCACAGCUGGACCAGGCUGAGGAGGUGCCCAUGGUGCGCUCCUCUCUUGAAUCCCUUGAAGAUCUUUCAAAGUCAACCACUGAGAAGCUAGCCAAGGCUGUGAGAGAGAUAGAGUCAGGACUGCAGACCAGAGAGAAACUGUCAGAGCAGAUUGCUGACCUGGACUCCUGGGUUUUGGCUCAUCUGCAUAGAGAUGCCUCCAGGAGUCCAGACAGUGAGCUCAGGAGCCCGACUGAACUUGAUCGUAGAGUACGUCAGAUCCAAGAGACCCUGGCUGAGGCUGAGAAGCAGGCCGCUGUCUGUGAGGCUCUUUUAAUGAAGAGUAAAGACAUUGCCCCUGAACUCAGUAUCACAGAGAACUGCCAGCUUUUUGAUAAGCUUACAGACCUCCAGGGGGACAUCAGAGCCAUCAGCAGCUAUGAGAAGGCCAACAAAAAUGAGCUGGACAAACUCACUCAGACUGUAGAUUCGAGCAAGAAAAACUUGAUCGUCAUUGAAACAAGCCUGAGGCAGAUGUUAGUAGAUGUGAAUAGACACAAGUUCCCCAUCACAAGCGAGUCCCUGCAAGCUUUGGAGCCUUUCAAACACGUGAUUUUAGAGCACAAGUCCCAGCUUGACCUUCUGCAACCAUGGAUUCCCCAAGAAAAGUCAAGAGAACUGCACUCAGUCAUUUCUGAACUUCUCAGCAAAAUGGUCACCCUGGAAAUGAAAGCUAGAGGUCACGAGGAGUACCUGAACAAGAGGCAGUGUGUGGAGGACCUCAGGGAGAGUGUUCAGGAGCAGGUCUCUCACACCAAAGAUGACAAAAGGGAGCCUGAGGACAGGUGUAAAGUCUGUCAGAACCUCCUUGUCCAGCUUCCUCUUAUAAAGUAUAUGUCUGAGGAAGCUGGCUCCAAGCUCCAGAUGAUCUCUGCUGACCUUUACCCCUCACAGCUGAGCACAGAGCAACAGAGACUGAAACAGAACGAGGAGAGCCUUCAUACCUUGGAAAUGACGCUCUACAACAACCUCAGUAUUAUCGAGUGGAGCCUGCAGAAGGAACUGGACCUUAACUCAGAGAAGGCAUCCACUCAGGCCUUUCUCCAGAACAGCCAGCAGGAACUCCAGACACUCCCCAUGUUGGAACCAAAUGAAACAGUAAUUGACAACGAAUACCAGAGAAUUAUGUCUUUGAAAAAGACGGUCGAGUCAAGGAUGAGAGCACUGGAGGUUCUGGAGCAAAAGAAGGGAAGUAGGAAAGGAAGUGGAUCCAAAGAUCUGAUGGAGUUGAAGAAAUCAGUCCUCAGGGAAUGUGACUCACAAAUGGAGAACAUCUCCCAGGCCAAGGAGUCUCUGAGAGGCUACACAUGUGCUGUUAGACAAGCAGCACAAUUCCUGCGGGACAUCGAGUUCUCUCUGCUGCCACCGCAGGGCUCUGCUGGACCUUGCUCUGAACAGCUGGAGGAGACCCAGCAGGCUUUGGCCUCGCUGCAGCAGCAGUUCCAGACCCACGUAGAGAAACUCCAGAGUCAGGUUAACCUGCAUCCUUACCUGUGCCCCCAGAAGUUGGAGCAGUUCCAGGAGAACAUUCUGAGCCAGCUCCUGGUAAGGAUGUCCACUCUCCAGGCAAGGGGACACCUACGCCUGGAGCGUCUCAGCAGUUGUGCAGAACAUCACAAAAAUUACACUAAGUACCAAGAUGAAAUUAUCCAGAGUGUGAAGAGUGCAGAGAACAGCCUGUCACAGUUCAUAUGUCAAAAGGUCACUUGUCUCGCCGACUGCACCGACCAGCAAACCAAGCUCGGAGUUCUGUCCGAGGAGGUGGAGUCCCUGCAGAGGCAUCUACAGGAGCUGAAAGAGUGGUGCCCAGAGCAGAGCUGUCGUGGAAGGAGGGAGGCCAUCGUGGCUGCUCUCUGGAAACGCGUAGCAAGGCUACGUCGCUGCACACGAGAGCUGACAACUCGUAGUAAGCAGAGGAUCGCAGAAUGGAGCGAAAUCACCAACAGUGUGGAGAAGGCCUCUGCCCUCCUAGAUCAGGUGGAGGCAGAGCUCCCUGAUGGCUCCCGGGUGAAGGCCUCCACUGAGGACCUUCACGAGCUGUUGCAGUCCUGGGAGCAGUACCAGGACAGAUUGGACUGUGAACACAGAGCCCUGUCUGCACUGGAACUGCGUACUGCCCGGCUGCAGGGUGUUCCCGCCCACCUGGAACAAGCUCCUCCUACUCCGCUCUGUCAGCGGCUGCAGGCGAUGCAGGCUCGUUACAACAGUGUGAAGCAGAGGAGCAAGGAGGGUCUGAAGGCAGCCAGGAUGGAACUGGAGGACAGAGAAAAGCUCAGAGAGGAGCUGCAGGGUGUUCGAGUCUGGCUGGAGGCCGCAGAUGGUGUUCUGUCAGAGAUGAAGCAGACCAGCAGCACACAGGAGCUUCAGGAGGUUCACAGCCAGCUGUGUAACCAGAAGGCUUUGGUCCAGCGCAUCAUGGAGAGCCUGAAGAUGAAGUACUCAGACAUGUACACUCUGGUCCCGGCUGAGAUCGAAAGCCAACUGCAGGAGGUCAACAAAUCGCUGCAGCAACUGGAAAUAAAGGUGGCAGAGGCGGUGGAGAAGAGCGGCCCCGUCCACAGACUGGGGGCAAAGCUGUCUGAGAUCCACGCUGGCCUCACGUCAGUUCAGAAAAGACUUGAACAGAAAAGCCCCAAUGUGACUCAAGCAAAGAUCACUCAGAAGCGUGUGUGGGACGAGCUGGAUGUGUGGCACUCGGGUCUGGCGGCGCUUGAGGUGGACAUGCAGGACUUGGAGAAACCAGAGGAGGCGUUUGCUCUCACUGAGAGACUUGUGGAGGUCCAGCAGCUCCACUCCCAUCUCGCCAAGCAGGCAGAGCAGAGGACCACCCUCCUCAGCAAGAUCCACACGUGGCUUCAGGAGCAUCAGGAGAUGAUCACCAGCUCUAAAAGCUGGAUGACUGAGGCAAAGUCAUGGCUCGCUACUCCCUGCAUCUACACCACCGCUAAAUGUCUCAGCAGCCACGUUCAGACUCUGCAGAUGGUGUUGGAUGACUCGGCACAGAUCCGAACCACUCUGCAGGGAUUCAGCUCAGUCCUGAAGGAAAUGUCACCGGUCUGUGACAUCACAACUCUCCAGGAACAGCUGGUUGAAGUCGAUCAACAAGUGGCCAACGUUCAGGAAAGCUUCACUGCUCCUCUGUCUCAGCUGGGGCAUGCUGCUGAUGAGGUGGAAGCCAUUGAGAGUGAAGUCAGGCGGAUGGAGACUGAUGUGGCUGAGAUCAGGACCUUCUUAUCAUCUCCAGAGACUUUCCCCAGCCCCAGAGAAGAAAGCCUCAAGGCUGUGGAGCAGAGGAUCCAGUCCAUGAGGAGGACCGUAGCUGAGAUCCAGAAGUGUAAACCCGGCCUGUGUCUUCCAGAGAAGGCUGAAGAGACUCUGACUGUCUUUGGUGUCGUGGACCAGCUGCAGACUCUGCUGCUCGAACUGGAGAAGAAGGUCCCUGCUCUGUUCAUCCAGCAGCCUCCAACUCCGGUCCAAGCCAAAGCUCCGUCAGCUAAACAGACGACCUCUCGGCCUCAGCUCCUAAAAUCCGCUUCAGAGGAGGCUGAGAAGGAACAAGGGGAGCAGGGCCAAGUCAGAAUUGCCCAUGUUGGAGAGGACGUACUGAAGAGAACAGGAGCUUCACUGCAGACUGUGGAGCAGUCCUCACCUGAACAGAGACAGUCCUGGACACCUGACAGCACUCAGCAGUGGGAGCAUCAAGGCGUGCUCCAGGCUGAAGAAGCCACAGAGAAAACAGAGAGUCAGGAGCAGACAGUGGAAGAAGGUGGAGGAGGUGUUUUAUGGUGGCUCUGGGAUGCUUUCCUGGGCGCUUCGCCAGAGGAACCUCUGGUUGUCCCACAAGAGACUGAAGGUGUCACUGGACAAACCACUGAACAAACUGGAGAAGUUAGACAGGAUGUUGAGAGCCCCACUGACACCACAGAAGCAAGUUCAUCUGAAGCUUUAUCAAACCCCCCUGGCACAGUCACAACUCAGUCACUGCCUGAGAGCAUGGUAAACACAGCCUCCACCGUAAAAGUCUCCAAACCCGACUCUCCGCAGAACUGUGUAAGUUGCUGUCACUGGAGCCCUGCCAUCGCUCCAGGAAGUGGUUUGUGCCACAGCUGCAGUUUGCUCAGGACCCCUCUCACCCUCCCUCCCUUCCUCCCCCCUCUCCACUCUCUACCUGCGACCCUGGAGCAGAGCGGCUCAGCCGGGUGUGUUGUGUGUGUGUCCCAGGAGCCUGGGCCCCGCCCCCGUGAAGGUGUCCUGCAUGUGUGCCUGGAGAGGAUCAGCCAGCUGGAGCUGUGGCUGCAGAGAGCCCAGAGGAGCCUGGUAGCCGGCGGAGCUGCUGGGUCGUCAGCCAUGCAGGACAGCGUGGAGCAGCAACUCCUCACCUGUCAGGAGAUGUUCCUGGAGAUCGAGCAGAGCGUUGCCGGCCUGUCAGUGCACAGCCAGGCAGUUGACCACCAGCAGCAGCAGCAGCAGGAUGAACUGGGAGCUGUGGGGUCCCAGCAGGAGGCGGCUGAGCUGCUCUCGUCUAAACUGGAGCUCCUGAAGGCCAACCUGGUCUCCUUCCAACAGCUGCUGCAGGACAGACAGGACGAGGAGAGACUCAUUGCACACAAGGAGCUGCAGGAACAGAAGUCUGUACCUCUGCCAGAGCGCCGCCCGGAGACGAGGUUGAAGCGCAGCAGCAGUGUUCAGGAGAUCUUCUCCUCACCCAGAAACAAACUGCUCAGACAGAGCAGCCUGCAGCAGCAGAAGGAGCUGGAGCAGGAGCUGACUGAGCAGAGAGGACUGACUCAGGCCAUCGCCAGGCAGGGCAGCAGAGCUCGACUCAACAGUCAAGAACCAGAGGACCACAGCCAGGUGUCACCAUGGUCGCCUCCUGCUGUGGCCAAUGUGGAGGAGGACUGUGCUCAGAGGAGGUGGGAUGGCCUUCACAGUCGGCUGCUGGCUCUGGAGGAGAGCUGGCUGCUUCCUCCCUCUGAGGUGACAGACUCAUCUACGAGGCGCGGUGAUGGAACAGCAGGACGCAUGAUUGGCACACAAACCCUGAAAGAGCUCCAAACCCACAUCAGCCAUCUGAGAGAGCUGGGACACACAGCGACAGAGCCUCAGAUCUUUAACAGCUUGACUAACCUGUCUGCCCAGGCCUCAGCUGCUGACGGCGCCCAUCAGACGCUGGACGAGGGUUUGUUUCAUGUGCUACACGGAGCGUCCCUGUCUCUGUCCUCUAUCAACAACCUGCUGCAGUCACCUGCUCGGACGACGCAUGAAGAAGACACACAGCUGAAGCUGCUGCAGCUGCAGAGUCUCUCGGCAGAGCUGACUACCCUCGGCAGCGAGCUGUCCUCUCAGGGGUCAAAGGUCAGCCGCGUCCUGGGGUCACAGUGUGGUCAGCAGUGUGUGGAUGACCUGUGUCGAGUGCUUCCUGUGGUCCAGGCUGCGCUGAGCAGCAGAGAGAAGCAGCUCACACACCUGCAGGAGGAGACGGCAAAGCAACAGAUACAACUAAAUGAGUUGCAUGCAGCCUUCACUUCUAACCAGGCGACGGUUCACCAAAUAACUCAUGAAUUCGAUGGAAGCCUGGGCCUUAACAAACAACUACAGGCUGUGGUUCAGAUGCAGGAGUCUCUGCAGCAGCAGGUGGAGCAGGUGAGCUCCCUGCUGGAGGAGGCUGACCGACACAACCUGCCUGCAUCUUUCAUCCACCAGGCCUCACAGCUGCAGGGGGAGCUGGCCGGUGCUCUGGGUGGUGUUCGCUCCCUCUGUGAGGAACUGAAGAACAGUGUGGAGCUGCAGCAGCAGUAUGAGCGGCUGGUCCACAGCCUGGAGCAGCUGCUUGCUCUGGGCUCUGAGCGCCUGGCGCAGCAGCCUGACACAGAGCUCCACAGCAGAGCUCAGCUCCAGCAGCAGCUCAGCAGUCACACGAAGUUCUUCCAGUUCCUGGGGCAUCAUUUUAAGAUCCUGCAGUAUCUGACCCAGAGAGUCCCUGAGAGCACCCUCCAGAGGUGGGAGGGUGUAGUGAUGGGCCUGCAGGAGCAAGUGACCCAACUGCAGCAGCAUGGACUGGAGAAAGGGGCCAGGAUGCAGGAAACAUUACAGAUGUGGUCACAGUGGGAGGAGGACAGCGCCUGGUCAGGAUCCCUGCUGACAGCCAUUGAGACUUCAUUUCCCAAGACGCACGAGGGGGUUGAUUGUGAGGAGCAGAUAUCGGAGAAGCUCUCUGUCUACCAGGAGCUGCGUGGGGUUCUGGAGGGGAACAAGGCGCGGUUCAGUCGGAUGUUGGAGGCGGGGCUCUGGCUGCAAACGGCGGGAUGCAGAGGAGUGGGUGUGUCCACCAGAGAGCUGAAGACCCGCUGGAGAGCUCUGCACAAGAAGAUGGAGCACAAACGCACAGAUGUAGAGAGGAAGAGGAAGCUGAGGAGCAGGUUUUUCCGUGACUCUGCUGUACUGGCUGACUGGAUGGGCGGGGCCAGAGAGCUGAUAGACAGAUGCAGUCAGCUCUCUGUCUCAGCUGAGGAGGAGGUGGACAUCAAACAGAGGCGCGACCAAUACCUCCAGUUUGUGACUUUGACCAAAGAGCUUGAGGCCAAAUCUGACCUGAAGGUGGCUGUAAUCGGUGCUGGAACCCAGCUGCUCCAGCUGAGGAAGGAAGACAGAGACUCAGAAAGAUUCCCAGAGGACAAAGACACUUCACUCUCUCAGACUUCAGACCCAAAUCUCUGCUCUACUGAAUCCCACCUCAGACAGAUAGAGCUGGACUGGUCCAGUCUGCUGGCUGAUGUUCCUGUCCUGCAACAAGCUCUGCAUAAGCGAUGGAUGGAGACGUCGACCCAGCAGGGGGCGCUGCUGGAGCUGCAGGCCUGGCUGGAAGCUGCUGAGAUCCUGCUGGAGGAGCAUCGCAGCAGAAUCAACCAAACCUCGUCCACUAACACUGAUCUGAGUCAGCUCCUGAAAUACUGCAAGGAGUGUCAGGCAGAGAUGUCGGCCCAUCAGGCCACACUGGACUACGUGAGCCAGCCGUUAGAGACAUGCAGUACUGAGGUGGGCCAGAGGAGGCGCUACGAACACAAGCAGUUUGCAGAGGAGCAGGGUCGUCUCAACCAUCAGUGGCUCAGUUUGCAGGAGAUGCUCAACUCUCAGAUCAAGGAGGCGGAGCAGGAGCUGAGGAGCAGAGCGGAGCGGGAGGCCCGACUGCAGCACAUCAACAGCUGGAUCACAGAUCAGAACUGCUGGAUGGACUCAGCUCAGACACCCAGCAGCCACACGGAGCUGCAAAGGAGCAUCAACACCUGCCAGGGUCUAGAGGAGACGAUCAGGCAGAAGUCUGCAGCUCUUCAGGAGCUGAGAAAUAAAGUUGAUGGUGAAGCUGGAAACAGCAGCUGUGAUUUCAUCUCUCAGACAGAUAAAUCCAUCCAGGCCUGUGCUGCUCUCACACAACAGUACGACGCAGUGAAAGAGAGGCUGAUUGGAGCCCAGCAGCUGUGGGGCUGCGUGGAGAAGCGACUGAAUCAGAUGCUGCUGAAAACAGUGAGGACAUCUCAGACUCUUGAGUAUCACAGCGGCCCUCGGCUCUCCCUGCAGGCACACAGAGAUCGCCAUGAGAAGCUGCAGCUUCUUCGUGAGGAGACAGGAGCUUCAGAGGCAGAGUGGGACGAACUGAGUCAAACCGCCUCCUCCCUCAAAGACAUCAUCAGUCCUGCUGCUGCCGCCCUCCUCACAGAGCAGCUGGACAGACAGAGAGACAGCUGGACUGAGGUGUCCGCAGCCUUGGACCAGCAGCUCCAGAGGAGUCGCAGCAUCCUGCAGAUGUGGGAGGUCUACGCCCAGCUGGCUGCGUCUUUCUCCCAGCGGCUGCAGACGCUGCAGAGUGACGUCAGAUCAGCGCUGAGUGGAGCACCUGGAGACGAUAACACUGUGGAGCAGGUCGCUGUGAAGAUUUGCAGCGUUCAGAGUCUCCUGCAGAGGACGGACACUCUGCAGUCCGACCUGGAGGGGGUGCUGGGGGCCUCCAAAGACGUAAUUAGCAACCUGGAGCCUUCAGCUGCCAUACUGGUCCAAUCAGAGAGCCGGUUGUUGUCACGUGGUGUUCAGCAGCUCAGCCAGACGGUGACGAGGAAGCUUGGUCAGCUGCAGGAGGAGCUCGAGCGGCUGCAGGAGUUUGGAAACGCCCUGGAGUCACUGGAGAGGAACCUGGAGCUUUGGCAGGAGCGUCUGCGCGAUGUGGGCCGGACAGCAGACCAGUCUGGCCUCCUGGAGCUGAGCGGCCUGUCUGCUGACCUGGAUGUGCUGAAUGAGCAGAGCCGCAGUGUGACGCUAGGUGACGCUGCAGCACGCCGCCUGCAACGUCUCAACCGCUGCUGGGCAGACGCGUCCGCCAGAGCUGAGGAGGCCUGCAGUGAGCUGCAGACGGAGGCUCUGAGGCGGCAAAGCUUUGAGCGCAAGUGUGAGAGCUGGAUGUCUUUCCUACAGAGGAUGGAGGACAGCCUGGCUGUAGACGUGGCCGGCUCUUACAUCGGCCUCAGACAGCAACUCUGUACACACAAGCGGUUUCAGGCAGAGCUGUCUACUGGUCACCAGAUCCUUCACUCAGUCAUCACUGAGGCUCUCCAACUGCUGCAGAAAGGAGAGGUGGAGGACAGGAGUGACUUCAUCCUGAAGCUUGCCCAGCUCAGGGAGCACUGGCAGGGGGCGGUGCAGCGGGCCGACCAGCGGCGCUCCCUGGUGGAGGGGCUGGUGAAGCAGUGGCACCUGUACAGCCGCAGCCUGAGGAAGCUGCAGAGGUUCCUGUCAGAGACACAGACACUCCUUCCUCCCACCACACCUGCCCACUGCAGCGUGCAGCAGCUACGACACUCGCUCCAGGACCUCCAGCACACAGAGCUGUUGUUCCAGAGGUACCAGUGCACCUUCAUCCACACUCUGGAGGUCGGCCGGCAGCUCUUCUCCAUGGGGGACGAGGAGACCCAGACUCAGCUGCAGACGGAUUUGGGAAGCCUGCAGGAGGAGUGGGACAACCUGCAAAGCCUGCUGGGCCGGAGGAUGGACCUCACCGAGGCGAUCGUCAAGAACUGGGAGCGCUGCGAGGCUGGACUGGCUGACAGCAUGCUGCAGCUGAAGGACGUGAAGACGAGACUGAACCAGUCGAUGCCGGAGUUUGACGAUGAGCUGCAGAGCACCGAGAAAUAUUAUAAGGAGAACGAGGACUCCCUGGAGGACUGGGCUGAGAGCCUGACAGAGCUGAGCACCAUGAAGACGGAUCUGUCCCAGUACAUCAUCGCAGACGAUGUCCUACUGCUGCAGGAGCAGGUGGAGCACCUGCACUGUCAGUGGGAGGAACUCUGCCUCAAGGUGUCUCUGCGUAAACAGGAGAUCGCAGAUCGUCUGAACGCGUGGAUCAUCUUCAACGAGAAGAACAAGGAGCUGUGCGAGUGGCUGACGCAGAUGGAGAACAAGGUCGCGCACAACUCGGACCUCAACAUCGAGGAGAUGGUGGAGAAGCUCAAGAAGGAUUGUAUGGAAGAGAUCAACCUGUUCAGUGAGAAUAAAACCCAUCUGAAGCAGCUCGGAGAACAACUCAUCACAGCGAGCAACAAGACGAAAGAGACGGAGAUCAACGACAAGCUGAAGGACAUCAACGACCGCUGGCAGCAUCUGUUUGACCACAUAGAGGCCAGGGUGAGGAAGCUGAAGGAGACGCUGGUGACGGUGCAGCAGCUCGACAAGAACAUGAGCAACCUGCGAACGUGGCUGUCUCGCAUCGAGGCGGAGCUGGCCAAGCCGGUGGUCUACAACGUCUGCCACAGCGAUGAGAUUCAGAGGAAACUUGCUGAGCAGCAGGAUCUGCAGCGGGACAUCGAGCAGCACACAGAGAGCGUGGCAUCGGUGCUGACGCUCUGUGACGUCCUGCUCCACGAUGCAGACGCCUGCGGCAGCGACUCGGAGAACGACUCCAUCCAGCAGACCACCCGCAGCCUGGACCGACGCUGGAGGAACAUAUGUGCCAUGUCCAUGGAGAGGAGGAUGAGGAUUGAGGAGACGUGGCGUCUGUGGUGUAAGUUCCUGGACGACUUCUCUCGCUUUGAAGACUGGCUGAAGACAGCUGAGCUCACCGCAGCGAGCCCGGACUCUUCUGACGUCCUCUACACCAGCGCCAAGGAGGAGCUCAAGAAGUUUGAGGCGUUCCAGCGGCAGGUUCACGAGCGUCUGACUCAGCUGGAGCUGGUGAACAAACAGUAUCGCCGUCUGGCCCGGGAGAACCGAACUGAUGCCGCCAGCAAGCUUAAAGUCAUGGUCCACGAGGGGAACCAGAGGUGGGACAGCCUGCAGAGGAGGGUGGCUUCUGUUCUGCGCAGACUCAAGCACUUCACCUCUCAGAGAGAAGACUUUGAGGGAACUCGUGAGGGGAUCCUGGUCUGGCUCACAGAGAUGGACCUGCAGCUCACCAACGUGGAGCACUUCUCCGAGAGCGACAUCGAAGACAAGAUGAGACAGCUGAACGGCUUCCAGCAGGAGAUCACCCUCAACACCAACAAGAUCGACGCCCUGAUCGUGUUCGGGGAGAACCUGAUCCAGAAGAGCGCUCCUCUGGACGCCGUGCUGAUCGAGGACGAGCUGGAGGAGCUGCACUCCUACUGCCAGGAGGUGUUCGGCAGAGUGGCUCGCUUCCACCACCGCCUUGUCAACAGACGCCCAGUUCUGGAGGAGGAGAGGGAGCUGUCAGACCGCGACACCGACUCACCCGAUCUGACCAAUGGGACCUCCUGGAGCGAGGCGAGGAAGAAGGAGGGGGAGGUUUCAGCAGGAGGUGGAGUCUCAGCUGGACGGCAGGUCAUGUGCCACCUCCUAGCGCCCCCUCUGGAGCGGUCGGGAAGAGAGACUCCCGUCAGCGUGGACUCCAUCCCGCUGGAGUGGGACCACACUGUUGAUGUGGGAGGAUCGUCGUCACACGAAGACGACGAGGACGCCACCUUCUUCAGCGCCCUGUCAGACAUGAAGGUCACAGAGAGCUCAGAGUCCUUUGUUAGAGCGACUGUCAGAGCAGUGAAAGCUGCGUCGGUGAAGUCAGUGACCGACCCGCCGAGCUGGCACCAGCCCGGCUCCCCAGAGAGGAAACGAGUCCCCCGAGAGAUGAUCCGAGGCCUGAGCUCAUCUCCCACACACACCACCAGCACUCCAUUCCACCAGCAGGGCUACGUUAAGCUGAUGUCGGAGUGCAGCGGCAGCAUCAACACCGUGAAGAGAGUCAAGCUGAUCCUGAACGAUGAGGAGGAGCUGGAGGGUUCGGGUCUGACCAGCAGCACGGCCGACAAACAGACCAGCACAGGUGUGAUCGAGCGCUGGGAGCUGCUACAAGCACAGAAGUUCAACAACGAGACGGACAUCAAGCAGGACCUGGAGCAGUGGCAGAAGCUGAACUCUGACCUCUGUGACGUCACUUCGUGGUUGGGCAGGGUGCUGCCAGAGCUGGAGAAGCUACAGCGGAUCGCACCGUCCACCAGUAUCCGAGACAUUGAAAUCAACAUCAGGAAACAUAAGGAGAUGCAGAAAACCUUCAACAGCUACAAGUGUCUCAUGAUCUCUGCCAACCUGAGCAGCCGCCACUUCCUGCGGGGCGACAGCGCCGAGCUGCGGGAGCUGCAAGAGGCUCUCAGCUCAGCCAAUCACAGCUGGACGCAGGCCUGCAGCGGCCUGGAGAGCUGGGAGAGGAGGCUGCACUCUGCACUCAUGCAGUGUCAGGAGUUUAAUGAGACGCUGCACUCCCUGCUGUUGUGGCUCGCUCAGGCUGAGAACACACUCAGCGCUGUGAAUGUCAGCGACCAGUCGACGUCACGCGCCGCCCUGCUGGAGCACAGAGACACACUGAGGGCUCUGCAGGAGGAGCUCUGCAGCCGCCAGCGGCAGGUCUCCUCGCUGCAGGAGAUCUCCUCUCAGCUCCUCCUGGAGGCCACUGGAGAAGACAGCGUGGAGGCCAAGGAGAAGGUCCACGUCAUCGGCAACAAACUGCAUCUCCUGCUGCGACAGGUGGCUGCUGACCUGCACACGCUGCAGGGGAGACUGGAAACCUGCUCAAACAGCUCAGAGUUGGACAGCAUUGGUCUGGGAGCACUCCACUCUCCUCUGCUGCUGCACAAGGAGGAGGCUGCAGGUCUACACGCAGCUGCAGUUGGACAGCCUGCCACAAGAAGGGAGGAGAGGAGGGAUUCUUCCCCACAGAGACCUUUCUUCUACCGGGUUCUACGAGCUGCCUUCCCCCUACACCUGCUCUUCUUCGUGCUGCUGGUUCUGGCCUGCUUGGUGCCUCUGUCUGAAGAGAACUACAGCUGUACACUGUCCAACAACUUCGCCCGCUCCUUCUACCCCAUGCUGCGCUACACCAACGGCCCUCCGCCCACAUGAGCACUGCCACGACACCCAGCGAGUUCCCAUGAUCUGGGGAGGACUGACGGACUUAAUCAAAUGUGAGGUUGUAAUCCUUCACAGUGUGAAGGUGUACAUUCAAAGACACCUUCUCCCUGCCACACAAAGAGGCACCGCCCUUCAGGUUUGGAGGCCUCAUCUUCUUCUUUUUUUUUUUAACUAUUAUUGGUGUAUUUAAAUAUGUAUUUAUUGAUUGUGGAGUUCCACAGUUAAACAAAAAGAAGCCAUAUCACUGGUUUGUUUUAAAGUUUUGUCAUUUUUAUAUGUAGAGUCACCGUCUAACGUCCCCACCAAACAUCUCCAACACACGGUGCAAUGAGAAAAAGGCCUCGAGAUUUAUUUUAAUACCUACAGUAUAUUUUCAUUUUUGUACUUUCACUACAGUCUGUGGGAUCUAAUCUGAAGGAUAAACGACAGUUCUUACCAAAGCAUCCAGAAAUUAAGUACACCAGCCAUUUUCUACCACUGCAGCUAUUUGUACUGUUUUUCAUAGAAGGCAGCCUCUUGUUGUUAGCACAUUUUGUACAGAAGAGUUGAUUUAGAGAUAUUUAAGAAGAAAUGAUCUGUAAGAUGAAUUUUUUUUUCAAAUGAUGGCAGUGACUCAUCUGCAGACAUGCCUUUCUGUAGCCAACUGAACGACCGUAAGUUUAUCAGAUAAUGUUCUUUAAAUGGUGUUACUGACGAUUUUUGUAUAUAAGGGCAAACUACUGAGAAAGAAAUAGCUAAAUUAUUGUUUCUGCGUUUGAGUUUGAGUGUGGCACUGAAAUAUAAUCAAAGUAAUUUAACACGGGGCAACAGUUUGAGAUUUGUUACUAUGAUUGUGUUAACUUUAUGACCAGUGGCUUGGAGGUUUGAGUAUUUUAACAGAUCGCUGAACCUAAAAGAUUGGCAUUAAUGGCGUAGCUCCUAAGUUUAAAGCUGCAUUAUGUAAUUCUUGACCACCAGGGGGCAGAAAGUGUCAAAACAUACCUUGCUAAAACAACAGCAAGUGCUUUCAGCCAACAUGGUAGCAUUACAAACUGCCUACGUCAGGCCCAGACACACCAAACCAGCAUCAAGGAGCUAGUAGCAAGGAAAGUCGACUGUUCCAUUACCUCACAUCGCCUGCUUCUCAGCCACAAAGCUGCACUUUAACACACCACAAUGACUAUAACCAACGGCCAACUCGCAUGUACGUUCUUGCGCCUGCAUGAGAGGAAAUAACUCUCCAUAGCGGCAGGCGGCAGUAGUCUGUAUUCGUCAUUCAGAAAGGGUAACUAGAAGACCAACAGGACCAUGGGUGUAUAAAGCGAACUGGAUACAGCAUUGGAGGCUGGCCCCCAUUCAUUUCUAUAAAAGUUGCGCGUGAAGCCAAAAAAGCUCAGUGUCUGCGGUAUUAAAGUACCCAGAUCUCCAUACUGUGGGGCCCACAGAGCAAGCACACUAGAGACUUGCGGCGACCGAGCGGCUACCUUCAGAGUUAACGCUCUGCUAACUUGAAUGGUGACAAAUAUUUAAUCAUGCGUCUCUUUUACACUUUAGAAAUGAAAGUGGACGGAAUGGAUUAAAUCCUGAGCCACUUCACGGGGGCUGUGACUCUCUAAAAAUAAUGUAUCCACUGAUUUACAGCUGUCUCUUUCCUGUCAUUGGGAAAAGUCUAUUUGAGUCCCAUGGCACCAUGUGACAGACCCAGAAGUUGUAGUUAUGUGGUUUGGCAAUUAUGAAAAUUGGCUUCAAAGACUGGGGCACUUCCAGGAGGCCUGGACAGGACAGACUCAACAUGCUAGUUAGCCAAUUAGCAUAUUAACAACACAACCUGAUGCUGACAGAACAAAGGCUAUUUACUGUGUGCUAGCAAACAAACACAAACAAGUACGAACCGUUUCUGCUGAAAAGCUCAACAGUUUUUUAAAAAAAAAAAAAAAUCGUACCAAAAAUAGCAAGUCGAUCUUACACCCUCCGGACUCUAGUCCUUUGAUUGGCGGUUCAGCUCAGUGUACGAGAAGAUAAAACAGAAGUGAGGAAAACAAACAGUGAUUUCACUCACCGACAGGCUCCACAGGGCGCGGCAACAUUU